AUUUCAGGAAAGCCUCUCAGACCUGCAGCUCUGUGCCAUGUUUUCAUAAUGCCACAGAUCUCUGCUUCACGGCUGCCUCUGUCUCCAUCAAAAGCAGAAAGACGGGGAAACACUUCUUCUGUGUUUGUGUGAGGAGAUAAAAGAGGGGAGGAGGGGAGCGAAGAAGGAGAAGAGGGAAAAAAAGAGAGAGAAAGAGAUUAUGAAUGCGGAGACGCAGCGCAGAGAGGCACUCAGAAGAACAAUUGUCGUACUAUUAAAGUCAGUAAGUGCAUUGGCUCGCCUUGUUUACCUUCUCGUUGAGUUGAUGUCUGAAGACGCUGAACGUCAACUUCCUGAAAACCAUGCCGUGAAGAGAUGCUACUCUCUUUUUUCUCUCUCUCUCCCUCCCUCUCUCUCUUUCUCUCUCUCUCAGCCUGCUGAAUGACGUCUCGCAAGGAAAGGGGGCUGAAAACUCGGCGCACACAGUGAAUCCCUCGCUGUGACUCAUUCAUUUUGUAUAAAUGCGACCGGUUGCAGAGCCGGAGAAAGAGCCCGGGCUUUAAUUAGCUGGAUUUUCUCAGUCCUCUGCUCGGAGGACGCGUCUCAGUCCGCACCGGCCGUCUCUUUUCUUUCUUCUUUUCUUGUUCUUUCUCUUUCUUCCUUUUAUGGAGACUGUGGAGAUGAUAAGCACCCGUGGGAGACAGACAGCCGACCGAGCCUUUCCUGCGCUCCCAUGGAGUUGGUUUAAGCGAGAAGAAUGUCACCCACUUCAGCCGGUCCUGACAUUUAAGUAUGAAUUUUAAGAGGUUAUUCCUUUAAUGUGGUAGAAUUUCCCUCUUCAGGUUGUGCGCUGCGGCUUCAUUUUGUUUCCACUCGCGCGUUUUGGAUUGAGCAUAAAUGGACAAAAUCAGGCCACUUCAUUCGCGGAGGGUGCUCUGUUCUUCCACAGAUAUUUUCUGACUUGUGGAUGUGUAGACCUCGCUCUCGGGAAAAAAAACAGGGGAACUGAAUUACCGCUUCACUAUUCAACAAGCUGCAGCGCUCACUCCAGGCAGCAAAGCGAUGGGCGCAGUUUGUCUGAGCCAUCCUCUGCGUCUUGGAUCUCCAGCCCAGCUUGUUGAAUCUCCUCCCUGGUGACAGAGAAUAAUGGCUUUGUUUUAACAAACUUCCUCAGCCUUCCUUUUUGGUCCUUAUCUUCGGCGGAUUACACUCUCUAUCUCACCCUUUUAAAAGUUGAACAUGGCUCGUCCCGGUGUGCGCGUCAGGUUGGGCUGUAUGUGGAGAGUGCUCUGGCUCAUGAGGACUCUGGUGGAUUUCGCGCUGCCUCAGGAGACUUAUGCCCCCCACUCUAUACGGACUGAGGGCCACCUGACCCUCGGUGGACUCUUCCCGGUGCACGCGAGGGGAUCCGACGGCACGCCAUGUGGGGAUCUGAAAAGGGAGAACGGCAUCCAGAGGCUCGAGGCCAUGAUGUACGCGUUGGACCAGAUCAACCAGGACGAGCAACUCCUACCCAACAUCACCUUAGGCGCGCGCGUGCUGGACACUUGUUCGAGGGAUACCUACGCGCUGGAGCAAUCGUUAACUUUCGUGCAAGCCCUGAUCACGAAGGACACCUCCGACGUGAGGUGCACGAACGGGGAGCCACCGGUGUUUGUCAAGCCGGAAAAAGUGGUGGGAGUCAUCGGAGCCUCGGCGAGUUCGGUAUCGAUUAUGGUUGCCAACAUCCUACGCCUCUUUCAGGCAAGUCUUUGAGCGUGUGGGAUAGUUUUGCUGCUUUUAAAACUGUGAUUUUGUGGUGAAAUGCUCUUUUUUUUUAGGGGAAGCUGUGCCUCAUUAUACCCACCUAGUGAUGGGAGCAGAUGAGAACAGGGAUGCUAUAAGUAGUAAACAACAAAACUCAGACACAAAUCUGCUGAUAUGAACAGAAAUCUGCUGUUUCAGGUGUUCACACAUUUGUGUUCCUUUUCCAGAACGAGCUUCCAUCUAGACUUCUCCCUAUUUCAGGAAAAAAAAGGGGCCAAUCAAAGCAAGGUGGUGUGAAUUUGGGUGCUUCCCCCCUCUGUUUCACAGUGCUGUGGAUGAGACAGCUGAGUGUGCUGUUGCCUGUCCCCGGUGGUGCUGAAAGAACAGCUCCCGUCUGUUCCAGUCUCUCUCCAGAGUCUGGAUGAGUGGGCACUGACAGCCUGACACAAUCACACCCAAACUCAACAACCGCCUCCUGAGAAUAACAGGCCCCGCUUCAUGUGAUUGCACAUGAUUAUAUGAGCCUCUUAUACGAGAAAGAGUCUGCAGGCGUUUUUAUGAAUUGUUUUGAACGUGACGGCUGAGAUUUAUGGUUGAGUUGCUUUUAUCUGAAGGAGGAGGCUGAGGGUUGGGCCGGAGAAGGGAGCUGUUUCAAACUCUUUGCACCCCAAUUGAGCUUGAUAGCGGUGAGUAAAUAAAAUAAAUUUGCUUGGCUAAUUUCAAAAUAAAGAGAGCAAGGCUUUUGUGUAAGAAGACAUCCCUGCUCCUGCUGUCUGAGUCUCAACUGACCUACUGCUAGUGCUGCAGUGGAAUGAGGAAAACACAGCAGGGCACUAAUACAGCAGAUUAAUUAUUUAAAUCACAUCAUCUGCAUAGCAAAACACCUAAUUACUUGGAAGCUUCUUGCAAAUGUGCAGAUUUGUGCACAGUUUUUUCUCUCUCUCUUGUGUGAGGACAGUGGUGUUACACCCGGGGAGGAUGUUCUGAGCUGCAGCGCUUGGUGCUAAUGAUUUGUGGCUGCACGUCGUAACACACUCCUGUCGUUUUGUGUUUUCCUCUCUGUUCAAUUAGGACAAACCACCGGCCUGGCUGUAAGUAGCUGUUUAACUGCAACUGGAAGACAGUCAAAGCGCUUAACACGCUUUUAACCCUCCCCAUCCUACUCUCUUUCCUUUUUGUUUUCAGACACACUUAAGCAUGCAAUACUCAGGUUUGUUUUUUUUAAAACCACAUCUCGUCUUCCUUUGUGGUUUUACGUCUCCGCUGGAUAGACAAUUAGACUGAUGGUCUAUACCACAACCCAACCCCGGCUUAGGUUCCUCUUCACUCUUUGUUGGCUGAGUUCGCAAAUUAAACUUUCAUCAGUUUGAGUUGAUAAAAGUCUAGAAAUAAUAGGAGCAUCCUCAGUGGACUAAUUUGUUGCCUAACACUGCGAGACUUCCUCUUAAUCCAUUAACACGUAUGAAUUUGUAGAUUUAAGGAUGAAGAGACCGUCUUGUCUCCUAAUACCAGCCCUGUCUGUCUGUCUGUCUGUCUGUGAGUGCAAAGCUGUGGGAGUGUGAGGUGUAGUCCAUGUGUGAUGCUGCAUCUAAGCUCUGUGGAUUGACAGCUGUUGUCGUGCAGCUUCACCCGUCACUCCGCAUUUCUUCUCAUUUCCCCAAAGUGCUGGCAGACAGGUGGAUUUAAUCACCAUAGUAAAAAAAAUCUGCACGCAAGAUAAAUCCAGAUCCCAUUUGCCCUUCAGCUUUUUCCUUUUUUUUCCACUGGUGGUGAUGAUAGCGCUGAUAAUAAACGAUGAUGACUUAAAUGUGAGGCUGCAUGAUACUGUAUAAUCAAUAUGUGUCAGAAGUGAGAGCUCCCAGCCCAUUUAGCCUCAUUAGUUUUACAGCCUUUGAUUAGAGUGUGGCAGCAAUCCCAAGGUUCUGAGAUUGUUUUCGACCAUAAUCCAUCAAGUAUCAAAGUCAAAAGUUUAAGAGAGGACCCGCUCAGAUAUAAUUAAAGAAGCAAAGCAGGUUUUCGUCUUAAAUCAAAAGGAUGGAGAGCUCAGAACAAAUUCAGAGUCCAUUUAAAAUCAGAUGUGAUUAUUUGAUAUGCUCCAUAACUUCACAAUCUGAUAAGCUUUGAAGUUAAAUCUUUCCACUGACAGUCUGUGUACAUGACCUCUCCCUGAGCUGUCCUCCUAGCCUAUUUCCUGCUUUGUUCUCGCUGAAUAUCAUCAGGUCAUUUGGCGCCUCACCCCUGUGAUAAAUGAAUCAUCAGGGAAGCUAAAUAGUGAUCGUAGACUUUUAUUGCCAGACGCUAAAUAUCAUGGCCGUCUAUUCGGGACAUGAGUAGCUGCUGAACUGUUAAUGCAGGGAAAUUGACAUGGGGGAUAGAUUUUUCUGAGGACCCAGGAGGGUUGAUCAAUACUGUUGCCAUGGUGAGGCCGAUUUGCUGCUAAGAUGUUUUUAUUUCUCUGCCUUUCAUGCUGUGGUGGAAAUGAGAAGCAACAAUGCCACAGGAGGGGGAAGAAAAAUCAAUUAUCCAAACUUUUGAAUUGUUACCAGGAGCCAUGAUGUUGUGCUCAUCUUGAGGAAUCACCCAAUCCUCACGCUCUGCUCAUGAGUCAAUCUCAGGGACGAGGCUGGUGCUACAGUUGAAAGGACGGGGCAACUUUGUCCAUUUGUAAGUCCCGGCCUCUUGAAUGAAUCAUGAAAUUGAUUUUUCUCCAGAUGACAUUUACAUCAGGGAGAGCAGCAUGCGAUUCUCUGUCGCAUUCCUUUUCGCCAUAGACUGAGGCAAAAACUUUGUAUUGAAUGCAGGUGAACUCGGUCUUGUCCUCCUGUCUGGGGAUGCGGCCCCUUCAGACGAGCUGUCUAAGUGAGGCAUUGACGUCCUCGCCUCUCAUAGCCCUGACAGGCUCCGCUCGGCUUUUUAUCUCCCCUUUUUUCAAAGAAUCAUCACGGUGAUUGAUUUGAAGGAGAUUGAAGCCUUGCAGUGUGAUCUAUUCAGCCGACAGUGGUAAAAGACGGACACCAGAGGAAUAUGAGAGCUGUGUUGGUGUGUGUGUAUGAGUGAGUGUGUAUGUGUGUGUGACAGAAUAAGCUCUCAAAGUGACACAAAAUGGCAAAGGUUAAUUAUUUGUGUUUCCCCAAACACGGCUGCCAUUUGUACUCUGAUGCAUGCAGAAGCUCGGGUCAAUUAGUCACAUAUCUAGUCCUGCAUUCAGCCCUCUGAUAGAAGACAAGGCUAGGAUGUUUGGUAUGCGGCAUAUGUAUAUACAGUAUGUACCCAUAGAUUUUCUCAUACUGCAUAUAUACAUACAAAUACUCCACCCUUUGCUGAGGGAAUAUAAAAAACAACUGUCCCUGCUUUUAGCUUUUGCAUUUUCUCUCCAUCUCAAGCUAAUUGGCUAUUUUCUUUCCCGAGUGUGACACAAAGAGCCUGUUCACUACAUUAUAACUCUCUAACAAGCAUCUUAAAUACAGAUAAUGCAGGAAGUUUUUCCAUUUUCUCAACUGAGAUGACAUCGUUCUCCAAACCACACAGGUCAUAAAAAGUCAAAACUGAUGAUGAAUCAAGCACAGAGUUUGUCAUUAUAAUCAUAUCAUUGUCAAAUUAUACAAAUUGUUAUAUUUGCUAUAGCCAGGAGGUUGUGAUUUUCAUACUUUGGCUUGUAAUCAGAAUUUGGUUGAUUCGGGAGCAGGUUUUUUCAUAUACACUUAAUGUGUUUUAAUACAUUUAUAAGAGUAAAGAAAUCAGCACAAAUCAGAGCAAAACCCAUGGUUUAAAGAACAUCAACACUUAAAUUUAGGGGUGUCUCGAUAGGAUAUUGAUACCAGAUAUAGGUCUGAUAUCAGGAAAAAAAUGAAUAUCAGAUUAUAUCGGCCUGCAUCUAAAAUCUACAAUAUCAGCACUCCGAUACAAGCAGUCCAUUCCAGACUCCGCUCCAGCACCUCUAUCUUGCAGCGCCCUGAUCCAGCAAGCUCAGCCCACAAAAUCACAACAACAGUGUGUAUUAAGGUACUAACAAAGUAGCAAGAAGUAGGAGUGAUCUUGGCCUUGUGGCUGUCAUUUUUGUUUAAGUCUGAAAAAGACAUUGCGGCUGAGUGAAAAACUUGUCAUGCACAAUUUUGUGCCAAUAUUGGAUCAAUAUAUGUAUCGGUCAAUAUUGAAGGCUACAAGAUCGGUAUCAUAUCAGAAGUCAAAAAGUUUUAUCAGGGCGCCCCUACUCAAAUUGCAUAACAUUGCAAUAAACAACACAUGUAGCAUAUGCAUUUUUCAUGACAAUAACAGCGCAUCAGUGGUUAAACCAUGCACCCGUGUACAAAGUGUGCAGCUCUUGGUGGCCUUUUUCUUAUUCACUCCUCUCUCUCUCUUCCCUACUGUCAAACCAUAUUCACUCUCAUUUGCUCUGAAUAAAAGCACUUAAACAUAAAAAGUCAACUUGAGAUGAUUAAUUUAAAAACACACAAGUUUGCACAGUAGAAGGAUGAAUACAUGUAAAACAUGCACAGAUGAUAAUUCACAUGUUUAUCAAUCUAUUUAGAUGCAGAGGCUCACAGUUGAUGUAACUUUCAGGUCCAAUAAGGCCAGCCACAGAUACCAACUUUAUCUUUACAGUAUUUAUAACUAGUAAUGAAAGUCAGUUCUUGUAAAUGAAAGUCUCCAGCGAAAGGUUAGGAAAGACCUCUGCUGAGAUAAAAGUUGGGAAAAAGGAUUUUGACAAUAAAACAAAAGGAUUAUAGGAGGAGAGAAAAAAAGCAGAAUAUUCCCUGUACUUGACAUUUCCAGAAAGACUCACAGGAAUUUGCUUGUAGAUGGAAAUUAAAAGCUGCAAUAUAAAUGAUGCUAAUAAAAUUUAAUGGUUAGUGCACCGCCCUUCCUUUAAGUCUUGAAUUAUUUACUGUGGAACAAGAGAAUUACUGAAUACGAGUUUAAAUGUUCGCCCCAUCUGACUUUUCAGCGGGUUUUCAUGUCAGUUUGAUUUAAACCUUGGACUCAGAUACAGAGCAGUGUGCACAAGUUUAAGAUAGAGAAGAGUUUAGGGUGAGCUGGGUGACAAAAACAGAAAAUAACCAACAAAAUAAGUUGAUCCCUCUUGGAUUAGACUGCAUCAACAUGGAAUUAAAAUACAGCACUUGAGGCCCUUCAGGAAACUGCUUGUACCUCUGCCACUCACUUGUGCUCCUGACCCUUAACCCAAACCCUGCUGGUUCCCAGCCAUUUAAUCUGAUGCUGACUUAUACCCUGGUCGGAGAAAAAUUGGCACGGUGAAAUAUAGUCACAAGCUGCAGCAAUAAGCAGGUGAGACAGAGGAAGAAAUAUGGGCUGGGUUACAAGCAUGCACUGCACAUACUAGCAUGGCUGACAGGCAAAGAGAUGAAUGGUUUUAAACAUGAAGAAAUCCUUUCGUUUAGUGAACCUUCACCUGCUGCAUAUGUUCUCCAUUCAGUUGAACAAACAAGGAUACAAAUGAUCAAUAGUUAGUUAAAGAGAGGUCAAUCCCACCUGCUCUUUUGAUUUAUUAGGUCACACGUGUGACAUGGUGUUUUACCAGGUCAGAGUUCGCUCAGAGUGAACUGUGUGAGAAUGGUACCAGUCCUGAUCAAUUCAUGAUAAGAUCUUUUGUUUCUGAUUUAUGGGGAGCGGAUUUUGGUGUGACUGCUGCAGUAAACUUAGGAUGCAAAUGAAUGCAUUUAAAUGAAAUGAUCCGGCUGGAUGGAACUGCAGCCAUGCUGAGUGUGAGUGCCAGGACUGAGCGGUAGCAGGCAUAAAUUUGAUGUUGGAAAUAGAUGAGAAAAAGAGCAGAAAUAAAAAAAAACUUUUUUACAUUUUAUUUGGGAUGUUUUCAAAAAAAAGAGAGUCAGUAGCCGUUUGAGGGUAAAAACUGUUCUCCAAGAAUAAUCCAGACACGCAAAGGCAACACUUGAGCUGAUAACCACAUGGAGAAUUGUUGCCUCAGAGUCUGAUAUUUCAAAUGUCCCUAUUUGGCCUUUUUUUAGGGGGGGGAAACAGUGCUGUGAUAGAGUUGUGUGUUGUGCUGAUGCUCAUUGGAGCAGGUGUACACUUACACAAACGCGAUGCUGUGUGAACGAACAAUGCAAUAUUAAUAAACUGAAUAAAAUAUCCCCGUGUUGGACAUGUUGUCAUUGCUUCUGACACGAGGUCAUUAGGUCAGCAGGCUGCCACAGGGAGAAUAUGAGAAGCCAAGCACGCCUGAUAUUAAUGUCUUGGCUAUUCCCACAGGCCUGGGGGGAUGGUCCACUUUAUUAUUCCGGUUCGUAAUAGCGUGCAAGACUGUAUGAGCAAAUGAAAACACAAUCUAGUACAACCUUCCUUUGUUUUUGGACAUACUCUUGUUUGUCUCUUUUGUGUCUCCACUUAUAUCUGAUAAAGAUUCACUCUGACUCUUCAACGAGGUGCCACCCUUGAUUUGUAUACGCGUUCAGAGCUUGUCUCUGCAAGUCAAGCCAUUACCCCCACUUUGUCCCGCUGUGUUGGACGAGGGAAGAGGGCACCUGCUUAAAAGCUUAGCCCUGCUCACACUAGGGUCACACCAGUGUUCCUUCAAAACUUGUUGGCAGUAUGACUGUAAAAUGUGACUAGAAUAGCACUCUUAGACUUUGUUGGAAGUUUUCUGCAGUUAAUCUGCCGAGCAGAAGGAGCCAGAGAAGAGGAAACCCCAUUACGUCCGAUCCUCUUACGGGGAUGAGUGGAGAAGCAUGAGGAGGUCUCUGCUGGCUGCUGGUCGGCCUCGCACUUAUCCCUCCGAAAAAGAAAAAUGUCCCUUUUACUUCUGUGGGAAACGAUCCAGUGAGUGCUGAAAGGCAUUAUCACAGGGCUCAUUGUCGUUUGUUUUAAAGCGGUGAUAUGUUUUUCAUGCAACAUUUGGACAGAGCCAGAAUUACAAAGUCACUCAGCCAUACUAGACUUCUGUGCUGUAUGACUAAAUAACAUCUGAGUCUGUUUUCACCAUGGAAACCUUAUAAGAGCGUAAAACGUCUCCAUAAAUCAAUGUGAACUGUUUUUCCAGGCAUUUUCCUGUCUUCUCACAGGUCCUCAAAUCCUGCUAAAUGAGUUAGGUGAAUUUGUUAAAAAGCUUCUCUUAGUGCAGCCUGCGAGUGUCUGCUGUUUCAAAGCGGAGGCAUCUGUUGUGGUGCGUCUCAGACCAGGGUUUGUGCUAUGCUCUCUGUUUUAAAGCUUUCUUAAGGCUUUUCCUCACCCCGCUCUGAAAUCACACAGCCCGUUAGAAAUUAUUUUAUACUUAAGUGGAUCCUGUGGAUCCGCUUUCAGGGAGAAUUCCCACUCAACACAUAAAAGAUGUUAAAUUUGAGGGAGAAAGGGAGCGAAAAGAAAGUAACAAGACUAAAUAAGAGUCUGCAGUGGCUUUGAGGCUGUUCUAUAAAGCAGUUGUACUUGGUCUGAAUGCUAAAAACUGCAUGCAAACAAGCUCCAAAUCACAGUGCUAACAUGCUGUUUUUUUAGCAGACGUUUUGAGCAUUUUAUUAUUCUUACUUGUGCAAAUUGGCCCUAAACACAGAGAGGAUUAACCACUUGUUACCACAAAUCACCAAAACCUUUUGUAGCAGUCAUACUAUACAAGGGACAGUAACACUUGAAGCAUAAUGCAAACAACCAACAUAACAAUAUCAUGCAGUGUUAUCAUGCAGAGGACAAGGAUUACCUUUAAUGAUACUCAUCUCACUUAAGCAUGCUGACAUUUAGUUGCCAUUUAACACAGAAGUGGUUAACCACUAUUUACCUUAGAUAUCACAAACCUGUUGUCACAAUGCAGCAGUCACGCUAGAAACUCAAUAACAUGAUGGAAGAGACACUGACAAUCUGAGUUUAAUGCUUAUGUGGCAAAGUAUUGACAAGCCAAGGGUAAUAACUACCUGUAAUGAUACCUAUCUUUGGAAAGCGUAUUGGCAUUCUAGCAGUUGCUAAUUUCCACUGAACACACAACUAGGGAACCUUUAUACAGGGCUCCUAUGCAAGUAUGGAAAAGUAUAGACUAAAUUUGAUCAAUUUCCAGGUCUUAAAGUAUGGAAAUUCCAACUGUGUAGGAACCCUGUUUAUAGGAAAAGUAUAACUUAUUUGUAACACAUCCAUUUUGAUUUUAUCAGGUCUGCGAGUUAAAGGUGGAGUAGGCAGGAAUCCGUUAAAGAAGCAUCUUUUUUGUGGUGUAUAUAAAAAAAAAGCUUUUAAUAUUAGUGAAUAGCCAUUACUCAUUGAUGACAUUUGGUAAUAUCACAGUAUCGCUGUGUUUUGUUGUGUCUGUGUAGUCAACAUUUUAAAAUUUCAGAGCACUCCGCUCUUUCUGACUGUAAACAAAGCCAUUCCCCACCUCCCUCAACCUGAUUGGUUGUGAGGUGGGCGCUACUCCUUAGUGCUGAUUGGUUGUGAGGCAGACGCUGCUCCCCUGUGUCGUUCAGGAGCUACAAUAUCGAAAUGUAGAAACCAAACAGAAAGUACAGAAAAUUGUCUGAAUCCUCCUGUAGCCACAACUGCCAAACAAGCAAGAAAACAAAGUUAAUACCGGAGACUCUGGAGGAAUAACGGGCGCUUAAAAAGGAGGUAGACCGGACAAGAGCUAAAAAGCCGGGUCAACAAUGAUGGGGGGAGCUUUGGGAUCUUACGGACACUGUAACCUUUCUGCUGGACAGGUAAACCGCUUUACCAAAGUAAGCCAAGUGUAACAGAAGUGUUUCUGGUCAAACGGGACAGGCAGCGUGUUGUAGCGCCGCUAAACUGUUUACCUCGGGUCCUGGAGUAUGUCACUUUAUCCUAGUUUUAGAAGUCCUGCAAACAUUGUGUUUGCUGGUAGUUUGUUGGCAUUUACAGUAGCACCAAUGCUUUUUACUUUCACGUUGACUGGGCCCCAUUUGUAAUUAUCUUAAGUAGUUAUCUGCAUUAUAUCUGAAUUUAAUCAAAAUGACAGAAGCGAGCAGGAGUGUCUGUUUGUGAGCGGGGCUUGCUGGAGCAGAGAUGGAGGGAGAGGAGGAGCUGAGGGGAAAACUCAAGAUUUCUCCCCAAAACUGGCACCUCCGUCAGAUCCUGCCUACCCCACCUUUAAACAGAAUUUUCCAUUAUUAAUGCCACUGAGUUAACUAAAUUCUAUUGAAAUACAGCACAAUUUAGCCUUGCCCCUCACGCCACUUGCAUUAAGUUAUCAUCCCUAACUUCAUAUCAGAACGCUCCACAAGUUGAAAAUAUUCUUCGGUACAUAUAUUAUGUUGUUCAGCACCACAGCCAAGUUCAUUUAAAGUGGUGGCAACAAAACACAAUCAACUUUGUGCAGCGAGCCAACAAGUUAGAAGGGACAGGAGGUGAACUGCUCACAUGGCCGUUGUGCUGUCCCUGGAGGCCACUGGCACGAGGCUCUGUUUGGACUGCAUGCCCAUGCGAGGGCUCUAAUGUAGACAGGCAUGUCACUGAAGAGCAGCAAGAAAUAGACGAGGAGUCACCGCACGCCAACUUGAGACGCAAGGGAGGGGAAGAGAGAAGACAAUGCUCCUUCUAUCUGCUGUGUUUGUUUUCUCCCAGGUACUCGGAAUGGCAGCGAGCCACGGCGGCUUUACUCAAAUGUGCCAAUAUUGUUUUAGGGAAAGAGAUAUUUGUUCUUGAUUUCUUUGAAGAAGCAAUCGCUAAAGCAGGCGGCAUCACAUCACAGAAAAACUCACUCAGCUCUUUUGUUUUUUUGUUUGGGGGUAGACAAAGUGGUGGACGUGGGAAGAACAUAGAUAGUCUAACUUUUCAUAACAACCUAAUGCAGAAAAUAAUCCGUAUUGAACAACCCAUUAUAUGUCAUCAUGACUUUUACAUUAGUGCGUGUAAGUGCAGACAUAUCAACAAGCAGAACUCUGACUUUUAAAAGCAUUCAUGUAAUUUGUGGGCAUAAUGCAGGGAAGCUGCUUCACGAAGUGCUUUUUUCUUAUGUGUGUCAUUAUUUCCAUCUCGCUGAUGUGAAAUUAUCUCAAGUGGGAUUUUAUAGUACAGGCAGGAGUUGAGGCGAAGUUGUCCUUCAUUUAAAAGCCCCCUGGGUAGUUUGAUCUGUGACAAUAAAAUCAAAUGUAAUGAGCAGCUAUGUCCCUCAAUGUUUGCAGAUACUCCCAAACCUAGCCGUAUUAAACCUGUCCUCAUGGCGGGAAAGAUAAAGCUAUAGGUAGGUGAAGCCAUCCGUGAGAUGUGCUGAAUUUAACUACUGUGUUUGUGUGUUUUUUUUUUUACUACAUAUGUGCACAGAGACAGCACUAAACAGUGUGGACUCAAAGUGUGCGUGACAAACUUCAUCCAGAUUCGGUCCUUGUGUUGUGUUAUUACAGCAGAGCCCAAGGGUACAUCAGUUGCUAACAAACGACACUAAAAGUAAUAUAUAGCAGUGACAUCGGACUGCACAGUGUGGACCUUUAUGGAGAGACUAAAUUAUUAGAGUGCAGCUUGGGCCUUGGGUAGUUAUGCUAAAACACCUGUUGGUUUUGAAUGUGGAAAUGGAAGAGUGGAACUUUCAUUAGCUUCGGUUUCAUUUUGUCUGUAUUUCCCUGGAGAUGAUGCUUGGCCAAUGUGUGUGUUUUUCUCCUCCUCUGGCUGUGCGGUGUGCAGUGGUGUGCGAGUGUUGUUUUUUUUUGUGUGUGUCUCCGCUCUUUUAAGCUUGAAAUGUAUACAGUGCCGCAGCAGCAGCAGCGAGAGCAUACAUAAAAAAUCAGAUGACAGGACGACUGUUUUCAGAUGCAAAUCCGGUGGGAUUUCAAGUGCUCUCUGAAGAGAAGCAUCUGACACUUACAUUGAUUCGGGGGGAGACCUCAAUCACCAUUGACAUUUUGCAAAUUAAGGAAGCUCUUCUCUUUCAAAUAGGAUUGUUAAACUCCAAUUGAGUGCCACGUAGGAGCUAUUGAUGACAGAAGAUAGUGUUUUUUAACUGCUCAAUCAGUGUCGAAGCACUCGCAUGCACUCCCACAGUGGGGCCGGGUGGAUCAAUACGAGGUUAUUUAUCAAUAGAUUAUGCAUAGAGCUGUCAUGUACCCUCUACUUUGAGGUCGAAGGCCAAUCAGGAGUGAUAUUUGCCAGUAAAUACAGUCAGGGCAUUAGGGAAACCAAAGGGUCUCUAUCAGCCAGUCAAAUAUUAUCCCCCCUUCACUCCUGUCAAAAGAUACAAUUCUUAAAUCUACUUUAUAUUCAAGAGGGAAAAUAUAGUAAAACCCUGAACUGUCACGCCAUCUUUCAAGGUUUUCUUGUCAAAGCCUGUGUAUUUACUUUUGUAUUAAUAAUUCUGUAAGGAGAAAAGCCAGAAGCUCCACUGUAAAAAUUAUUUGUUUUUUAAUUGAUUUGAGAGUAAAACAUAAGGAGGCCAUGGUCGAAGUUAGAGAAAGCCCAAUCUAAGCUCCAUGUGAGGUGUAGACACUCGCAGCCUUGGCCGUGAUUUAUAAUUCAGUGUGAGAUUAUAUCUGUUAAUAGCUCCACUGUAUCCCCAGUCAGAUGUAUUAUAUGGAUUCAGGCUGAUGUUGCUUUCAUUGUAUUUCCCACAGUAAUUGUUUACAUUUAUUCGUCCUCUUUGUUAAUUGGAAUGACUAGAGGCUACAAAAUUAUUUAUACAGUGAAACCGGAGUUAUUUCUAGGUUAAAUACCUUUUUAACCUUGUCUCAUUACUCGACUCGAGAUUUCCUCUAUGCAUCUGCUUUGUUUCUGUUUAUUGAUACAGAGAUGUAACUCACCUGGCAUGGCUGUGUGUUACCUUGAAUUCACUGGCAUACGGAUCUUUAAUCCUGUACUCUCUGUGGACAUUUUUUUUUUAUUCUGUCCUGAUUAACCAAAUACAAAAUUAGCAGAUAGUCUGAUCAAAUAUCCUACAUGAUUAUUUUUUUCCCUUUUGUGUAGCUACAUCUCUUUGACCUGUUUGUCCACUGAAUUAAGUUGCUCGACCAGGGAAAAAAUUCGCUUUUUAAUUCCAACUUUUUAUUCACAGUUUAUUGUUGACCCAGGUGCAGCUGGAUGGUUUUUGUGUGUACUUUGACAUAAAACAGGGAUGUGGCCAGAAGGGUGGCAUGCACAACCCUAGAAAUUUUAAUUGGCUACCUCAUGUGCCACCUUGAAAUCCUGAUUGGCUGAUGUCCUUGUUAGAGGCAGAACUUUCAUUUUACUUGUGAUGAUUUUUACAUCUCAGUUGGCAUCACAUCUAGCCAAAUAGAGAAGCUGCAGAGGCCAAAAUAUGAGACUUUGCAAACUAGUUUUUAUCUGUUUAUGAAGCUCAGGUGCUGUGAAGUACUCACAGAUUGGUACACACAUCUUUAAAAGAAAAUUCAGACUUGCUUGACAAAAAAAUUCUGCAAUAUUCAGCAUUUUACAGGUGAGUAUUCUUAUUGUGAAAUUCUGCAAUGUCAUCCGUAAAAUUUGCAUCACAGAAUUCAUACAGGAGCAAUGUGUAACCACCAAAGACGUGGAUGUUUACCUGCAGGAGGCUGUGUGAUUUUCAACCACAAACGUCAAACCACUUUGACUAAGUUGGCCCCAUCUUGUGUGUACUGUUUUUUAUGAAUUGAGUUUUUUGGCUUAACAACAAGGAAAUUAGUCACCUUUGGAUCAUCCAUAGUUACAACAAGCUGCAUUCUUUGCACUUGAGUGAGCAGAUUUUCUUUUAAUCACACUCUACAUUGCAGCUGCAUUUGUUAGCGAUGCUUUAGUGCCACAAACUUCUACAGAGACACCUAAGUUGUACUUAGUAGGAAGUUAAUAGACAUGCCCCUGAUGUAAAACCCUGCUGACUCCACUGUUUGCAUUGAGCAUUGCAGGGACUAUCUCUCUCAGGCUAAAAGUUUGUCUCCACAAUAGAAGCCAGAAUGAGAAAGGCAGAGUGAGUAGGAUUAAUUGCGUACUGUUUGUCAAUGCUCCAUUUAAUAUUGGCCGUACCUCCCCGGCUCAAGAAGCGGUGAAAGUGAAGCGAUGGUUGAGUGAGUUAAGAGAGGAAGUUGUGAAGGUGAGAGCAAAGAAAUAAACUUGAUUUUCAGUUUCUUUCACGGUGUUUGCUUUUUAAAGCUUAAACGGGCAUGCCCAUAUGUCUGCUAAAACACCCUGCCAACGCUGGGUUUCCUGUGAAUCCACCAGCUUCCUUAUGACUGCUUUGUCCUCAUCGAGAGGCCAGAGAUGAAGACAGCUGCGUGACCUAUCUGCUACGUUUAUUUGACCUCUAACCUGCAUGCUGAUAUUGGCUGUGGGCUACACACCACCGCCAAAAGGUUCCAGAAACCGAAAAAUAAGAGACCGGGGGCAGUAUGUCUGCAGAUACAAACAAGAGUACAGACUUCUCGAGGGUCAUAGGUGACGACUGAGAGGGUUUUUCAUUUUACCCGAUAAUUUAUUUUGGAAAAUCCUCCUCAUUAAGAAUUAAAGGCUACUCUUAACACUAGAUAAAGUUUGGUGUGAGGGUUGAGGUCAGACUUAAUCCUCCAGGGUAUAAGUGUACGUCAGUGCGAUGUCCUCUUAAGUAAUAUAAGUGAGUGUGUAUAUGUGUGAGUGUGUGUGUAUUAGUGUGGCAAUAAUCCCUCACUCUCAGUGCUCAAGCAAUUUUCCAGUCCCAGUGCGCAGUUGGACACACAUCACACCUUUUUAUUUGGAGAAACCAUGCAAACAGAGGCAUGUGCUCCGAUGAAUUUAAAGUAAAGAAAUGAAUAAAUCCACACCAUUGAAGUACACUUCCUUUGAAAUGUAUUAAUAAGCUUUAGUAAUGCUUUCUGUCUCUAUAGUCUGUCUUGUUUUGAUGUUUUUGUUUAAUUAAUUGUGUUGAUUAAGUUCUUAAAACACAAGAUCACAAUGUAUACAACCCCCUUUUUUGUUGAAAAGAUUCACAUUUCAUUCAUAUCAUAUCAUACAUACAAUUCUGGAUUUAUUUCUGUGGUAUUUCAGCUUUAUUGACAGCUUGUGUUGUUAUCAGACAUGAGAUGCACAUGAGCUGUUGAGAGGAGGAUGCAUGCUCUUGUUUUCCCCCCUUUUCCCUUUCAAAAUAAAGAUAACCCUUCAGAAGCAGCUUGUGACAGUUCCAUUGUAUUCAUCCGUGCCCGUUCUUGUUUCGGCUGGUUAACUUGUCUGAGGGUAAUUGUCUGAUCUGGCUUCUGUUUCGCAUCUCUGAUUCUGGCUCUGAAAUACAUGUCAGUGUGCAGCCUCCUGACACUUUGUCUCACUGUGAGAGGAAGUUAUGCGAAAUGUGCAUGUCACAAAAACACAUUCCCCAUAAAUCUUCCCGGUCCAUUAGUCGAGACACUUGCUGUGAUGAAUCAUAAUCUCAGUGAGAAUGAGAGUCUGUUUACAGAGAAUAGCUCCAUCUCUGAGAUUGUGUCCAGUUCUUCUAGAGUUGGCGGGUUAUUGAAUGCGGCACUGGACAAGCUUCUCGUGUUCACUGAGUGGACAAUCGUCCAUUGUUCUGGCUGUAUGCAGUAGAGCCAGCACGCUGCUGACAUGGCUACCAGGUCAGACGCCCUCAGAGAUGUGCGACAUCGUCAGCACCAAACACGCAGACAGCCAAUGGGUGUCCAGGUCACAACUGGACACAGGGUGACUGUCAUCAGAGUGAGCCAAGGGUUUGAAAGGUAGCAUACAGAGACUUUGAUAACCUACCUGUUACAUAACCACCUAUUUUUAUCCUAUUUGUUUCAGAAUCCUCUUUUGCUCUUGUCACUCUUGCACUGUUUUCUCACCCUGUAUCUAAUGUUUGAUGUUUGUACAUUUAAGGUAAAAAAUGUACCCUGAUUUAGACUCUAUUCUCAGAAUUUCUAGAGUCUCCUCGUUUGGUUCAAAUACACAUCUGAGACAGAGGAUUUUAUAACAGGGUUUAUUGUGGGAAGCAUUCUUGUUACGUAAGUAGGCAUGACGCCAUGACAUGAACCUUAAAAUACAAGGAACAACAAUUAAAAGACUGAAAUAAGCAUUUGGGAUCCUGUGAAUGAGUCACUUCUGCAAAGUAACCCCAACGGCGCAGAUGUAUUUCGAUUUCUCUAUCGGUAACAGUGCAGAAAAAACAUCCACAAGCAAUAUUUGUUAUGCUUAAAACACAACAUAGUUCCUGAGUAUCAAUACAAUUGAUAAUCUGCUCUACAAGAGUGAAUCAAUAUAUAUUCAUACUGCAGUGUUGUGCUGCUUUCUAUGCUGUCUAUUGUUCUAAUCUAGAGGGAUCACCAAUUCAGUUUGAUUCUUAUCUAUGAGGCAAAACUCUUUCCAAACUCAAUACUUUUUUCAAGGUCCACUUUUUUUUUUUCUUAAAACAAAGUGGCAGACUAAUCCCUGACUCUUGAAAAUUAACACCGCAAAGUGCCCAGUCACCACUGUGGCUCAAAGAGGCCUAUUAGAAAAACUAACAGGAUCACAUCCUCUCAGACAUUUAGCACUCACAUCAAGAGAUCUUCUCACCUCAUAUAUUUUUGCCUGCAGCAUCCAAGUCAUUAAAAUACCGCAGUCAGAGUCGAGUCACAUCCAUUAAGAGACCAUACAUCUUGACUUCAUCAUUAGCUUAUUUGCGGCAAGAUUCAAAGAUAAUCUUCUAGCACAUAAUAACUUAGAUCUGAGCGAUUGCCAGCAGAACUUUUUAUUUUCCUCAGCCUGACAUCCUGCGGCUGUCCCCUGUAUUGACAGUAGAAGAAAGGUGAGUGCAGAGGAGAUGGGACUUUAUUUCCCUGGACUGAGCCUCUGCGGCUGUAGCUGUGUACUUCCACCAACAAGGUCUAACAAUCAGAUGCUUUAGGUUAGAGAUAGUUGAUAUGAGGGCCAGUUAGAGUCCCGCUGAAGGAGGUGAUAUUUGUAUAAAGCCCUGGAGGAAGGUCUGCCUGAGCAGACAAACUCGGAGAAGUAAACUCCUCUGGUUAACAGUGAAGUGCCCUGCCUUUACACCUUUUUUCUCCAAGCAUAGUCAAGGUUGUCUUUCGAAUUUUCCUAUCACCGACUUUAAACUUUAAUUUCCGGGGGGUUUGUCUACUCCUGUAUCGCAGUGUUAUGAGUUUCUAGACUUCCUGGCUCAUCUUUUCUCCAUUUGCUUUUCCAUUUCAUUUUAAUAACUUUCUUGCGAAUAGUUUUCGAGAAUUAUUAUUGCCUUUUUUAAAUAGAUUUUUGCGGUUUUUAUUGUUAUUACAAUUUUCCAAAGUCCUCGUAGAUGAGAGUGAAUAUCUCACUGUGAAUGGUAAUUUAAGCAGCAAAGUCUUUCUUCGCUGUAAGAAAACAAUAUCAGGUCCGCAUAAAUCUCAAGGCAAGUGCACAGGUCCAUUUCCAAAUCCCCUUGUGAAAAUUAUUGCAGUUACUGCGAUGCACAGCAUAAUGGAAAUACACAACACAAAGCACAUUUUCAGGUUUAGCCGUUUUAAAUACAAUUGUGAGACGAUUGCAGGAAACUAUUCCGGUGCAUGUUUUACUUCACAUUUGCAACCUCUCUCUCUCUCAGACACACAAAUCCACACGGGAUGACAGAGGAUUUGGCGAGUAGUUCUGCAAUCAGGUCUGUGUGAUAAGAUACUAAAAUCUCAACCCUGAGAGCGGUUCAAGGCAGCACUGCAGGCGAUGCCAAAGCGAGCAGAUAACUCUCCGUUAAAACGUUCUGUUCUGAUCUAAACCAGCACAUAUAUCUCAAAUGCAUGGCGUCAAGUACGGGCUCAGACACACCAACAGAGGGAAUGGGUUAUCUGUGAUAUUUUUCCCCGCUGUGAUCACUAUGUAAUUACAUGGCCCUGCUGAAGAAUUCUUUGUGAGGAGCAGACAGAGGAGGAAAGAUAAGAUCGAGGAGGCUCACUCGCCAUUGUCUGCACUAUUAGGGGAGAAAUGGGCCUGGCUAUGAUGCUCUGUCGAAUCUGAGGCGAGAGCUGCACAGGGAGGGCCCGGGGAGGUGGGGGGAGGUGGCGACUUGUAGGGGAAGGAAUCAUUGGGAUGCAGGUCAGAGUGUUGCAGGUGCACGGCCAACAAUGAAUGUGUCAGACCCUGCGUGCUCCAGGUGUAGGUGGGGGGAAAAGAUGUACCCAUGAUCGCUCUGGUGAAUAAUGCGCCAGAGCCAAGCCAGCGCUGGAAAUGCAAUGAGGCGAAGCAGAGAUGUAAAGAUGUUGCACACACCAAUAAUUCCCCGAACGUAAACACAGACAUUUGUAUUUGCAGAAGAGUAGUUUUGUUUUUCCCUAUCGCGAGCAUAAUAGAAUGCAUAUUUCAGCAUGGGGUUUAUUGAUAUUUCAUGUCAAAAAAGUAAAGUUAUGAUGCAGGCUGCAGAGAAAGAACACAGCCUGAGAAAAACAAAGCCACGUCCAGUGCACUCUGCAGUCUGGAAAAAUCAAUACAGUCCUCUGUAAUGUGAGACCCCGUGGUUAUAAAGGAAUACAUUUGAUAACACUUAGUCAUAAACCUGCAGGCUGUGUUUUAUUCUUACCGUGACUCUGUGAGUUUUCACGUCGCACCUGGAGAGAGCACACAGCACAGGCGCGGUGAUCAAGGCUGUUCAGCUGAACUCUAUUGUUCUCUGCAGGGCCUAGUUUCAUCUGAAGCCUGUGAGGAUGCUUUACAAAAUGACUCGAAGAAAAGCUGGAUCUGUAGAAAAUAGCUGUCGUGAGUGACAGCGUAAAAGCUUGACUGUCAUGCCGGCUUGAAAAGGCGACAUCCUGAAGGUAGAAGUUUUCUUUUUAUGACGCGAAUUUAAAACAGCAACUUUACGCCUUUACACCCGGAUAUGUUGAUCUUUCAGGUGCGGACUCAUCUGUAACCAGUCUGUUUGGUGAUUUGAAAUGAUUAUUCUUUUGAUAGACCAAUUGAGUUGAAACAGGAGUCUGUUUACCAGAUGGAAAGAUGGAGGUCGGUCAGGUUCCCUUUGUGAGCUAUCCACACUUUCCACCCACGCCGCGGAUCUACUCCACUGUGUGGCUCUCCUGGUCAAAUAUCUGAUUUGUGAGUCAUACCUAGCCUCUAUACCUAUGGAGGAACACGCUGGUUGUCUUAAAAUACACACUGGCAGGGCUAUCAUGCAAGAGCUCAGACCAGGUACCAAGCGCCAGCGCUGCUCAGGGGACAGGCGUGGAGCGAGCAGGAGAGACAGAGGGUGAGGGAAUCGACAGGGAAAAGGGGAAGUGGGCGGAAAGAAGGAGACGGUGGAAGGUCGUGUUAGAUAAAGGAUUAUGAAAGCCUAACUAUCUGUCAUGUAACACUGAGGCUAGAUCGGCAGUGUGGGCAACUCUGAAAGGGAGGUGUUUGGGCUUCAGCAAAACACAGUAAACAUCCAGACUGGUUUAACACGAUUCAGGUGAGGUCCUUGAAGAAUAACUGGCUGGGAAGUGGUAGAGAGAUGCUGUAGGAGUGUGAUGUGAAGAGGAGGAGGAGGAGGAGGAGGAGAAGGAAUGGGAAUUAAAAAGAAGUCUCCUAUCUGCUUAAAAGCACAUCUAUUAACUUAUUUUUUUGAACUUGAUGUGGACAAAGUCAAAUUUCUGUCUGUGUUUUAUUCACCAGAAAUCCUUUUUCCGAUCCAUGAAGUGUGAAAUUUCUUUACAGCAGACGAGCUGGAGUGGAUGGUGGGCGUACAAAGUACAGAUCUUUAACACUGAAGGCUGCAGUUCACAUCCUACAUCCUCUAUGCUGCUAAGUUCAGGCAGGUAAAACUCCCGGCCAGUGAUGGAUUGAUUUUGUUUUGUUGAUGAAAAAGUCUUUUCUUGUAUAACACGACAAGUCAACAAUGCCUUUUCUUCAAAUUUAACACAGACUUUGAUUACUUUCGGAAACCAAAAUCUUGCUGUCGCACUUUUACACAUGACUGCUGGACAGUUUCCAGACAAUUUCCAAACAUUUAAGUCCUGACAUUUCUAGACUCGCCCUUUUUUACACUCGUUCCACACUGUUACAGUUUACAGCUCGUCUGGCUUCUUCUCACGACUGGAAAUAUUUAGUUUGGUCUGGGUGAACGGGGUUAUUUGAAAAACAUAUGCUGGGGAGAGGUGAGGAGUGUUGUCUAGAGCGGUGCUGAUAAACUGACAACAUUAUUCAACAUCAUCAUUGCGCAGUCUGAUUUAAGUUUAGUAGAACGCAGAGCUGGAUCUCGUCCAACCAAUUAGCGCUGACAUGUAGAAAUACUGUCUGUGCACGUACAGUAUGAGUUAAGGGUCUUAAACCAAGAGAUUUGAUUUUUCAUGUAGAUAACUCUCUGAGAAUAAAUCAGGAAGAGUAGCAUGUACUUAAUAAGUGUGCAGAUUUCCCUCAUGGCUGGCCGGGAUGCAUGUGAGUGAGACUUUGAUGAUGAGGAGCUUCAUUUUCUGUAUUUUAGUGUGUUUUCAAGCAGUAGUGUGUCAUGCAUUUUCUUUAAUUCAUUGCAAUUUAUAUCGAACAUUUUGAAAGGGAAGCAGCAUUUUCUAGGUUGCACUAAUUCACCCUCAGAUAAAAGAAGACCUGAUGCGGUGAACCAUUUCUCUGUCUUUUAUUGGAUGAGUAUUCAAAUAAAUUCAAAUCAAAUCCAGUGAGACCUUAAAAAAGUGAAAGGUAGUCUAGCUCUAAUUAAAAGAGACAAAGAAAUCAUCCACUUUUACAUAACUACACAGUUACGUACCCAUGCAGACAGUUUGGUGAAGUGUCUGAUGGAGGCGGCAUUUUGAAACCUACAACCUUAAAGUUAUUUAUACUCAAUUUAAUUUCAAAUGAUGAACAAGUUAGUCAGUUAGCAUUAUUUGGUUUAACAGAGUGAGAGUGUAAGAGUAUAAAGUCGUACUUCUGAUACAAGCACUGAUACAACACACUGUAAAGUCCUAGUCGACUUUGACUUAUAGGUCGAUACCAUAGACUGUAUAUAGAUGGACGCCGUCUGCCUCUUCGUGGGGUGAAGCCACUCCGAGAACAGCACCCUCUGUUGAUGGGCUGCAGUAUAGGUCAUAAAUCCCGCCUCCGCCAGCAAAGUUUAAGGGGCUGUGGACAAACUUUAGAAAUGUAUUACACAGAACAUACAUUUUUCUCCCCCCUGCUUGUGAUGUUGACAUGUAGUUAUUGUAAGACUGGUUUGUGCUCAAGUCCUCUUUUUUCUGUGCAGCUCCAUUUUUAAAAGUUAUUAGGGGGUUCAUGUUUUCUAUGAUUGACACUUGAUACAGCCUAUGGGCGUUCAGGGAUUGAGGAGCUCUCCCGGGGGAUACGCUGUUUGAGCCGAGCGUCAUCACAGGGACUCUCUGCAACUGCGCGGCCGAAUGCGCACAACGCUACUGCACAGCGCUGGUUUCAGGAAAUGAAGAAAAAUCCCAGAAAUACCGAAAGCUUUUUGGCUUCAAAUCCGUACACAGGCGGUAGGCGGAACCAGGUUGUCCAUAGUUUAUACAGUCUAUGGUCGAUACGUGCUGAGGCAACCAAAAUUCUGGUUGGUUGACUCGUUUUUUUCCAUGUCAAUUUACAGUCUAUGAUUAAUUUCAUUAGGAGAAACGUACCAAGUGCUAAUGGAGGUGUUUUCAGAGCACCCCCUUUCACAGGUAACAGCCUGUCUCAGAACACUCCUCUUGAUUCAUCCAGCCCACUGGAGACCAACUAGAGACAGGAAGAUUGAAGAACGUUAAUCAACGUCUGGUAGUUUGCCGUAUAUUUAUUUCUAUUUUGAGCGUUUCAACUUUCAUCGUGUUCAAUUGCCUUCUUGUGCUGAUAUCAGUGUAUUUUCAUCUCGCCAAGCUGCAAGGUUUUAGUCGACCAAGAAUGACUUUGAUUACAGCCCUACAAGUCUGUCUGAAACUAUCCGCAGUAAGAGCAAUUCAAGUCCUCGUUUAUACUUGAAGAGUACAGUAUUAAAGCAAUCAGUGUGUUUAUAUAGGCUCUGCACCUUACUUAAUGGGGAGAUGUUGUACUCAUUGUCAUCCUUAUGGUGGGAUCACUACAGGUUUCUAACACACACAAGGAUACCUACAUCCUACAUGCUGCUCAUUCAGAAUUUUAAAUAACCAAUCACCUUGGAUUCAGUGAUUGAGCCACUUUAGAGGCAAACAUUAGCUAGCAGCUUGUUUACAGUGACAUUAACAACUGUUUAAGGUGUGUUAGCAUCUCUGAUAAUCCUGGACAGAUGUCUCUUACCUUGUGUUUGAAAGAAACUUAACAUAAGGGUCUCAGUGGCCUUGCGAGUGACAAAUACUUAUCAAGACUGAGCUGACUAUUAACAGGUGGUAACGCAUUUCCCUCCGUGCACAAGAGUUACAGUCCCAAACUUACUUUCAUUUAGUUUUGUAGAAUUAACAUCAAAUAAUAAAACUGAACUCAUGUCUGGACAGUUAUUUUGACCAGCUGGUUUGUUGCCGUUUGAUGCCAGAGAAACAUCAGACAGAUGUGGAUAACUGCCGACUUUGUUCGUUGACCUGUCUUUAAAACUUUACACCAGUCUUGUCCCUGCUGCCGCGUUUAUGGUUGCGUCCCCUCUGCCUCAACACUGCGUCUCAUGUUUAUGUGCGUUACGCUUGUGUCUGAGUCCACGUCUGCAUCAUCGGCACACAAGUCCAAGUUGAGUCAUAAGUCCUGAAACUGAGGACUUGAGCCAUACUCGAGUCUUAGUCAUCAUAAUGAAGUUAAUGUUCACUGGAUUGUAAUCUGCAUCAUCUCUGACUGGAUGUGAUCAUGUGCUCUCAAACAGGGUUUUCACAGCAGAGUGAGGUUUUUCAAACCAGGUCUCUGAAUAGUUCAGAGAGAAGAUAUUUACCUGGAUCCGUGUGGAUGCAUAUGAAGUUCUGGGUUUAUUUUCAGGAUUUCAGAAGCUGCACAUGCAGGAUCUGUCUGAGAUUCUUUGCAACAUACUUUUCAGAACAGUAUUGUCUGGAUGGAGUACAGACUGAGUGAAGUUCCCUCUGUCUCGAGGCUUUAAUCUCAGUCUGUCUUUUUUUGUCUCCAUUAUUUGCAGUUGCAAUCACAAGUGUGCAAAAAUGUUGCUCUGUGCCAGCUGGAUAAAUUGCUAAAAAGUUUGUUAUUUUAACUUUAAGAAGAUGAUACUCCAGCUAUUACUGUUUGCCCCCAAAAGGAAGUCAAUGCCCAGAAAAAAAUAUGCUCCCCUUUAUGGAUAUGAUGUUGCAUUUUCACUGAAUAGUUGGCAAAUGACAGAAGUAUUAUUUUGUUCCUGACUGGAAGUUUUGGAAGUGAGGGUUAUGGUUAGGAAUACAGAGGAAAUUGUGGAGGAAAGAAAGACCGAGAGAGGAAGUUGGGUAGCAUGCAAGUUAAUGACUGAGGGCAGACUGUCUUGGCUUGGGAGAGAACUGGCAGCCUGAAGACCUCUGUGGGCAGGAAGUGUCUGCUGAUCAUCUGCGUGGGCGUGUCUGCAUGUAGAUAGAUGACAGGGAGGGAGGGGGAGACACGCAGGGAGAUAAGACUCACUUCUCUCCCCUUCCUGAAGGGGCUGAAACACACCGAGGGGCGGAGAGGAGAGUCGAGCGGGGACUGAAAGUCACAGGUUUUCAGAGGAGGGAACAAUGAAGAAUCCAACCUUCAGGAAGAGGAGAGAUUGAGUGAGUGUGAGAGACACAGAUGGGCAGGAAGAGAAGGGGAAAGAGUGACAGAGAAAAGGAAGGAAAGCUGUCUGUUUCCCCCCCCGCCCUCUUUGGCUGUGUUGGCAACAACGUCUCUGGUGAGGAGAGAUUACCAAAGCCCAGCCUGAGGUUGCAUGUACGGACACAGUCAUUACCUCUGCCCUGCUCUCUAAACACAAAGCGAUGGCUGUCUGAUCCCCUCCUUGUCGCAUGCUUGCUGAGCUUUGAUUUAGCAGGAAAGAUGUAAAACUUGAUAACAGCUCCAUGUCUUUACAGGCCUGUUUAUUGCAUUAUAUCAUUUUGUUUAUAGGAUAUCGACCGUUGCUGGUUUACAACGCCAGGAUUUGCAGCUACAAAUAAAUCCUCUGACUGGGGAUGUUUUCUGUGAGCAAAUAUUUAUUCCAUUAGGAAUAGGCUGUGCAGUUUUUGAAUGGCUUUCAAAAUGGCUCCUUGGCCAGUUUAGUGGAUCAUACUUACAGUUUGUGUGUGCGCGUCAUUGUGCUGGUGUCACGAGGACAAUCUGUGCAUUGGCGUUCGGCCACAGACAGCAUGGGAGGUUAUGGAGCCGGGUCUGUCAGAACCCGCUGUCAUUUCCGCCGUCACCGUGGAGAUGGUCACAAACAGCCGACUGGAGCUGACUGAUGUCAAGAUAUACUUAGAGGCUAAUCAUGCAGCAAAUAGAGGCGCAGGGAUUCCUGCAACACAAACUGCCUGGCCGCACUCCCCGCCCCAGUUAGAGCCAUUCAUGGGAAACUUCUCGGCUCUGCCACUCAUGCUUCAUUUGCAGCGAUGCCUUUUGAGCGUUGCUAUCGGAUAAAUGGAAAACCAAACCCAGCCUGGGCAACGCUCGAGUUUCCUGUGCCUAAUUUUUGACACUGACUGUGUCCUCUCGCUGUUGCCUUUUGUAGGCGAAUGUGCAGUGUUUGAAAGAUGGCCACUUUUGAUUUUUGUUUAAGAGCCCAUACACUGUCAUAUCUCUCUGUUUUCUGUGUCCCAUCUCCUCAUAUCCGUAGAUUUUCCCUCUCCUCAGAUGGCGAGGAUAGAUCACUGCUACCACCCCAACUGAGAGUCAUGUUGUGCCAUAUGCCGCCUAUUUCCCUUCAAAUAAAAUGUCUUUUUUCUUCCUGCGCUUGAAAGGAAAAGAAAACAAAGGAGAGCAUCACAGCAAGAUUAGUUCUCAGCUUUUAGGAAUCAUCACCUUUGCAUUUGUAGAGUCGGACAGGUAAAGCACAAACACUACAGUCUCUCACCUCUCGUCAGAGCUGCCCUUGGUGGUGGUGGGGUGCUGCAUGUGAAAAUGCAACGGAAAGGCCAAGGUGCUCUAAUUAACUUCGCCUGGCGUUCCCUCUUACUGUGAACGUGUCUAACCUUUCCACAACCUCACUUCGUCACCUCUCCUCUUAAACACCCGGGUUGAAAUUCUCAUUUAAUGUCAAUAAGAAGAUUAGCCCCCCGCUCCUGACCAACUAGACGCCUCCCUUCUUCUUCUGUUUUUUUUUCUGAAUCUUCUUUAGACUUCAGCAACAGAUUUUUAUUCAGGGCGGCCGCAGCACUUUGCGGCGGUAGAUCAAUAAAACAGUGUCCCCUAUAACAGACCUCUGUGUUUUCCUUCCAUCGAUCCUGUCAGCCCAGAUACAUUCAAGAGCAAGCCAGGCGAUUACCCUCAGCAAUCUGAGCGGUGAUCUAUACUGCAAAUGACAGGUGCCAGACAUCAGCUUUGGGUAAUUGUGAUACUGAAUGGAGGUGUCUUUAAUCAUUAUUCGCCUGAGUUCAUGUGCUCAUCUUCCAUGCUGAAGUAUCCUGAACUUUGUGCAGGCAUCGCCAUCACCUUUUUACCUCGUUGAAAGUGAACAAUCCAUCUUAGCGAGGAUACAUUUCAAGCGCUCCUGUGAUGAAAUGAGAAAAGCACGUCUCGUACAAAUAGGAGAUAGUUCAGUUCUAAAUAUAGAUGAAGGAUUAGCAGAAACAAUCCUGUUCUCAUUUCAAGCUAAUUAUUAAAAGAAAUUGAUUGAAAAACAUCAAUAAAAUAUCCAUUCUCCCCGCCCUAUUAUCUCUACAUUAUCAACUUUACCCAAUAAAUUCACAUCAGCUGCAAUUUGUUACAACAAGAACUUAUUUAGUUGGAGUUAUUCUCGGAAUCAAUCAUGCACAUAAAGUGAAAAAGCUCAACUUUAUAAUCUACAGAGAGAGAUGAGGAGAUUUUAAUUCACUUAUUUCAUAAAGGUGAAAUCAUUAACUUGCAUUCCCCUUCAUUUGAAGCCUCCAACAGAGGAAUAUAAAGGUGUCAGAUGCUUAUCGGGAAUAGUUAGUCAGCAUCCUCUUGUAUUCCAGCAAGUUUAAAUCCUUGCACCUCAGCGUUUUUCCAGUCAAGGUUUAGCACCCUGGUUACCUGGAGGUCAGAGUGCUAAUUAAAAAAAAGCACAGGCAGAAGAUUUCAAUGUUUGCGCUGAAAGCUGAAGCAGAUUCCAGGGGAAUACGAUCUGUAGGAAUUAUAUAAAGAGAGAGUACGAGGCUGGCACAAAGUAAAAUAAGGCUCUGCCAUCUUCAACGGCUCCCUGCGGCGAAAAGCUCCAGAGAGACAAACGCUGAAGCGGCUUUCUGUCCCAACUGGGGUAGUGAUAGGAUGAGAUUCAACAAACCUAUAACACCUUUUGACUCCAACGCAUGUCUGUAAAGAUUCAUCCCCCUCUAUCAAAUAUUCCAAAUUGAUGUUUUUCUCUUUUUUUUUUAGAAAGAAGAGUCUUUUAAAUGCAAAUCACAGUAGCUGUUGCUUUUUUAUUACUCUCUCUUUUCACCAAACACUCUCAAUCCAAGCAGCCCUGAGGGGAUUUAACCUGUGACACCACGGCAGCAUCUCCACCUGUGAAUUGGUUUAAUUGCGCAGCAGAUGUUGUGCUGGCUGAUUGUGUAGCUGUGUAUUAUUUUGAGGCUGAUUUAAAACAUAUUGAGGCAUCUUGAGCUUGACCUCCUCCUCUGCUCCUCAAUUUGUCAGCUUUGUGCGCUUGACUCGCUUUGAGUUGUGGGUCAAAGCUAUAACUCACACUCGGAGAGUUGGAGCAAUCCCAUCAGCCAGCCGCUGUGUCCUCAUUCCAGUGUUUCCCCCAGCGUCCGGCUGCAUUUGAUCACUCUAACGGAAAUGGAUGGCAUUCAUACAGCUCUCAGAUUAGACUGUGUGAUGAGGUACUGAGCCAGAGUUCAAGAGAAAAUGAUGUUCCUCUCUGGUUGUGUGUCCAACUCUUUAAUGGGAGGCCAUAUUGAUCUUGGGUGAGCCACCAGGUGUGAUUGUAGUUUUAAAAUGUCAAACGGAGCCGCUGAUGAGAUGUUUAGGAUUUUAUCAGGCAGAAAUGUGAACCAUGUAACACUAGAUCCCUGUAUCCACUUAACUUUAUCACAGGCUCUUGAUGAUUUACUAAAGCGUGAGUCAUGGAGCUUUUCUUCAUCAAUCUUUUACAGAUAGAGAAGAGAUAAAAAAGCCAGCGGGACCAAGAGGUGUGUUUCAGAAAAUGAGAGGCCUUGCAUUAUUUGACAGUUUGAUUGUUCGCAUGAGGGAAAUAUGUUGAGCAUUUUAUCUUCUCGGUUUUUGGACGAUUCACCGCUGAAAUGGCAGGCUCAUGUUGGCGCAGUUUAAGGAAGGAAAAAAACAGACAGGUUGACUCACAGAAUGACAUUUCCCUGCUGUUAAUGAUGACGCGAGCUGGGCUAAAAAACAGAGCUUUGUAGAGGAGAUCAACACCUGCAGACUAUUAACACAACAUUAGAUGGAGUAGCUAUCUUGCAUUUUCCCAAACAGCUUGAUUGAUGGUGUACACUCCUACAAGAAAUCCCUACUUAUUCAUGUGUUCACUCUCCUGUUUAUACUACAUGUCAGUCAUUAGUUAAAGGGUGGUGAUUAACUGUAAUUAUACAGCUUUGAGGAAGAGUUAGGAAGCAAUCUUCAUUCACAAAGUAGCCUCAUUAAGGCCACUGAGUAGGCAGGAAAGAACUUGGAGGCAGUCUACAAAGAUAACCUAAGCAUAAAAAAAGUAUGUCAUGUAUAUAAUAACAAAGGCUUUACUCAGGGGGAAGGGCUCAAAAUUAAUAUUUUUACUUGGAGCACUGCUGCUCCAAACUCCAAAAAGUCAGGACAAGCAAAAAUGUAAAAGCAGCCACUGAAAAUUAAGAGGCACCAUCGCUGAGAUAUACAUAUUAACAUUAUUAUUGGAAAACAGGCCAUUAUACUCUUACUUUACAUUAACAGUACUUGCCUGGAUGAAAAGUAAUUCAGUUAUAUAAGCUACAUCACAGGUGACAUUACAGGCAUCAAUGUGCGCAUUAACAACAUCACAUGGCCUCUUGUUCAUAAACACACGCAGCUGACACAACAGCAUCAGUAUCAAGUGCAUAAAUAUGGUCCAUCAAGGAGCCUCUGAUGGGGUUGGCAUGAAAGCCAAGUGGGUGGGCUAAGUACCACCUGUUCCCACCCACAGAAACACUACUGUGUUGUACUUUUUGAAUGUAUGUCAAAUUCCACUCAAGAGGACUCGCACGCAAAAUCUGAUAAUUCACGAUGCAGUGAAGUUUACUUAUUCAUCCAAACAGCACUCCUAUUUAACAGAGUUAUGAAUAAUCACAUUUACUCAUAAUAAGGGCAUCAACAAACUUUCAAAGUUGGAACUGAUUAUGUGAUUUUUUUUUCAGUACUAAUUCUAGAUGUGGAAGACAGUUCUUGAUUUAACAAGCUUGCACCAAGACAAUUAUUUGCUCGAAUAUACUCAUAUAUAUACAUAUAUAUACAGUGAUCAUGAUAAAUAGAUUCUCUAUAAUAGCAAGAAUCAACAGCACCAAGUGUUCAGAUGUUCGUUUAUAGUAUAGUAUGUUUGAAGUCGUAUUAAUUAACCAUGUCUUAGCAGGCUUUGGUGUGUGUAGAGAAGACCGUCUGUAUGGAGAGCAAAAGCAGGCAGAAUGGUGUCCUCUGUACUAACAUCCUGGCACUCUCUAAUAGUGGAGAGUUGAUAAUACUAUGUUAUAAAAUGUCAUUUUGAAUAAUUUGAGACCUGUUUUAGUUUCAGAUGUGAAGGGAAAGUUUUAGCUUGAAGUUAUUUAAGGCUUAAGGUUCUUACACACCCGGAAGGACGCAAAUAUACGACGCAAAAUUACAAAAUGUUUGGGGGCUAAUUUUGACGCGCCUGACUAUACGCAUCAAGCGCGAUGCGAUUUUGCGACUUUCCAGGAGGAAAAAGACACAUCCUGGGUGGAAGCGAGAAGACUGACACAACAGUCGACUGACUGUUUUUCAGUUCUGAUUAGACACUAGUGUUGAGAUGUCUGUCUGUCAUGACAGCAUGUACUGAGUCGGGGCCAGUACCAGAUAAGCACAUUAAACUAUAAUCCAUAAACAUAAGGUAACAACCUAGACCUAAUGGUGCUGUGACAGCAACGCGAUUGAGUUUUAGACAGUGAAAAUACAUAUGGUGUGUUGUAUCUGAACUGGUUAGCUUACGAGCUAAAGUUACUUAGCACAGAUAAAAGUUAAAACAGAGACCUUUAGCAAACUGUUAAAGCACACAAACCAUCAUCAUAUGAGAAAUCCGACGCUAUGACUCUUCACAAGUUGUCCUUCAGGUCGUUUUCUUUCUAAUAUUUGUGUUUUUAUCAAAAAGCGCUCUAUUCUCCGAGACCUAAACGAUCUGUCGGUCGGCCAUGUUGGAUAUUCUGGUGAAUCUGACGUCACAACAACACGAAAUCUGAUUGGUCAGAAGUGGACACACAGUAUGCAAAACUUUAGAAAAUUCGACUGUGAUACGAAAAAAUAAAUGCCGCAAUAUCACAGGCUGGGAAAACGUCGCUGAUGUGAAUGCUUGUAUUGACAGGAUACGGAUUCGAAAAAAAUAUUGACGUCCAAAAUAAGUGCACGAAAAAAACGCUCCCGGUGUCUAAGGACCUUAACCUGGCUUAAUUGUCAGACAAUGAUGUACAAUGAUUAUCUUAAAUUGUUAUGACAAACUUUGCUAAUAUCAAGUGUAACACUAUUUCAUUCUGUGUUACAUCCUGAUAGGUCAAAAUGACAAUAGUGAAUUUAAUUUGGUAUAUAGCCGUAAGGCAGCUAAUGUUUAGAUUUUACUCUGAAUGAAAAUGUCAAAUGUUAAUUCAACUUCAAAGCAGGCAAAUAAAUACAGAGUUGACAUUGAAGCUUUACUGGCUGUCAAAGCUGAAGGACUAUUUUCAAGCUGCAUGAUAAAUUUUCAUUAGGGUAUGCUAAAAUAAAUAUGAAUAAAUUAAUUAAUAAACACAGGAAGCUAGUUUGGGCUGGAGCAGUUAUGCAAUGCGCCAAAUUACAGAGGAUGUGUCCUUGUAGUGGGCGGCUCAGGCUGAAGUCAGACCCUCCGCCCUUUGCUGUGGGGCAUUUACCUAUCUCUUUUCUCAAUUUCCAACUCAAGCGUCUGUCAUGUCAUCAAAAUAAAGGAAUUCAAAUUCUCAAAAGUAAAUUAUGACAUGAUACGACAACAUUUCUGUGUUUUUUGUUGCAAACGGUUUUGGUUUUGACCUUCAUUUGGAAAUGUUUCUUGACCAUUUUGACGUUGAUUUUCUUUUUCCAAGGCAGUCACUCUAGUACCAGCCCAUGAGUAAACGUUCCCCUCCUCCUCCUCCCUUUUUCUCUUCCAGAUCCCGCAGAUCAGCUAUGCGUCAACAGCCCCGGAGUUGAGUGACGACAGACGCUAUGACUUCUUCUCACGUGUGGUUCCCCCGGACUCGUUCCAGGCUCAGGCCAUGGUGGACAUUAUCCGAGCUCUUGGCUGGACCUACGUCUCCACCAUUGCUUCAGAAGGCAGCUAUGGAGAGAAAGGGGUGGAGGCCUUCACACAGCUCUCCAAAGUUGCAGGUGAGAACAAGUGAUCAAGAACGAGGAAUUAAACCAUCUCUUAAGUGGCGGUGUACAGUCUUUAAACUCACAUUUAUUUCAGAAAAAGAUUAGUGUUAUGCAUCCCAGCUCAUCCUUAAAUCUGUUUUUGGAGAAUGAAUUAUUGAUCAGUUUGGCAACUUUUCCUUUAGUUCCCCAGUGGGUUUAGGAGUGUUAGUGGAAAUGUAGACAGAAACAGCUUGCCACGUCACGAUAAUGAGCCUCUUCCAAUGCCACAGUUUUUUUAAAUGCAACCAUUUUCAGUGUUUUGCACUCAGAAGAAAAAUCGUGUGAAAUUGUCUGAUGUGUUUCUCUGUGGCUAACAGAGGGGAUGGAGAAUGUUCCAGCAGAGUGUUCAUUGGGGAGACUUGAAUUUCGCUUUACACUCUGGCUUUUCUUUCUCACUCAACCUCAUUUUUUUUUAUCCUCGCUGGUGAGCGCGCAGAGCUCCGAGGACAGUAAUGAUGGUCAGUGAGAUUUGCGGUCAGUCAGUUCAAACCAACUCUGCUCUAGUUGCUAUGUACAAAGCAGCGAGAUUUCCGAUAGUGUUUGUUAAAAAGAUGUUUUCUUUGGUGUAUUUCUCUUGACAUUUCUCACAAACUGCAGGACCAGAAAGAAAACGCUGAACCUUUGAAUUCUCAGAGAAGUAAGCGGCGAGAAUCAGUCUUGUUUGUCUUGCCUGUUAGUUUGACAUUGCUAAUGAUUGUUUUAAGUGGCAGUGAACCUUUCUCAGGAUUAACACUUAAACUGUGAGUUUGAAUUUGGGUUUGAGAGACUAGAUCGAGCCUCUAGAAGAGUGCUUACCGCUGAAUUUCACAUUCAGACAAGGUGUUGUAUUUUCACCCAUAACUGGGUUGAAUGCUGUGCAUGAAUCACCCGCUCUCCACAGUUGUGCUGUUGCCGUCAUGUGUUGGUGGUACAUGUGAAUCAGCAGUCAUUGCUGUCGCCAGGAAACACUCAGAGUCCUUACAGUUCACUGAGCAGGCUAUCUUUGUCAAAUCGUGUGCUGUGCUUCUGAAGGUCUGCGGGGACUUUCCAAAGUCGCUGCUGCAGGAUUUCUGCAAGAUCAUGGCAAGGAUACAGUUCCACAAAACAUGCAGUUAGUUUGCAGUUUACCGAGGGACAGUGAUUGCGGGACGGUUUUUGAAGCCAGAGAGGUGGCAAUUACCAUAAUCAGAGCUCCAGAGCCUUGUUUUUCAUCUUUGAGGAAGAAUCACUUCGAGAUGAGUGUAAAAAGAAAAAAAAAAUCCCAUACGUGAACAACAAUAGCACAAUCACAGAGCUUGAUGUUAGCGUAUGUAGGACAAAGGUAAAGACAAACCUCAAUACUCCCAGUUAUAGCUGUCUAUCCAAUUUUUUUUUUUAUCUUCGCCUCUUGCAAACAGGACUCAUCUUGGACAUGAAAAGGACUGACUAAAUGAGGAAUCACAUUUCAUGUUCGGCAUAAUGAGUUAAACAAAUUGCAUGGCUUGCCAUGGCCCUGACCAAAUCUGCUGGAUAAAUUAAACAAGUCCACAGCAUUUGCACAAGAGAUGCGAAGCCCGCAUACUCAAUAAAUGCCUCAAAGAAUUAUCUGGUCAUAUGUUAGGAUGCCUAUAAAGCUUCUGCAUACCAAUAGGCUGAUAAGCACCAUGAAGGCAGGUGUGGUCUAACACGCAGUACAGAAUUAGAAUCAGAAUUAGAAUUACUUUAUUGAUCCCAAACUGGGAGAUUAUGGUACGCCCUAAAAUGGACAUUCCACAACAAUACGAAUACAACAAACAAAUAUAGUAAAUAAUAAAGAAAUGCAACCAGUGAAAAUACUAUUUUCUGCACCUAUGUAAUGUCCAUGUGACUGUUCCAAAAUCAUUUUCUUCUCCAACAUUAAUCCAGAUGCAAAACUUGAUUUUUCUCAACAGUGAGUGCCCCUCUGAUCAUACUAACUGCUAACAUUUUGUCAGCUUUGACUAGGGCUGGGCAAUAUGGCCUCAAAUCAAUAUCACGAUAUAUUAAGCAGUUCACCUUGAUAACGAUAAAUGGACGAUAACUACUCCACAAGCUGCUCACCCCCUCCCACAUUAACUUCGUCUACUGCAGCCGCUGCUACAACCGCAACAACUUGUGAACCGUCCUCUAUCUCCUUACCUGUCUUUUCCUCUUUGUUAUGGACUGAAUGGGGUGGAGUCACGUCUCUGACGUAGGACAGCGUCUUAAAGGGACAUGAGACCAUAGCCUAUCUACACACAUCCAAACCAACUUUUAUUUAUUUAUUUGACACUGAAUAUAUUGAUGUGCAAAAUGAAGUCGGUUAUUGAUGUAAAUUUUGGUAUCAGUAAACUUUUGGUUUAUCGCUCAGACCUAGCUUUGACUUGUUACACUCUCUACCAGCACUGGAUUGUUGUUGACUGUUAUCCAGACAUGACCUGUAGGAUUUUUGGGGGGACUGUCAUUGCAACACAACUUCUAUUCUUUAUAAUAUGAGCAGGCUGUUGUUAUGAUCAGUGUUUAGUAAGUAAAACCUGAUUAAACUGAAGGUAGUAUUUUAAUCCAGUUAUAGAUGAGGCUGUUAGUUAACAGGAAGCAGCAGACACUGAGCUGCAUGAUAGGGGAACAAAGAAACUGCCAAAUUCGUCAGUCUUUUUCCCUCACUCUCCACCCAGCUUGUACGCCCUACCAUGAGGCUGUCAUGAAGAGGCAGUUUUGAAGUAAACUGGGCAGAGUGCUUGUUGUUGGUAUCUGCUAGAGUUGUGUGGCUGUAACACCGAGCUGUUUUGAUCGCUUGUCAUUUAUUUUUCUACCUUAAAAUAUUUUCCUGCACUCUAAACAGACAGCUAUCAGACCCUCGAGAGAUGUUAACUGACUUUAACAAAGGACACGCUGAGUUAGAAUCACUCACCUCAUCACUACCGCAUUAAUGCCCCUUACACUCACCACAACAGGUGAGCUCUUAAAGCUAUUUAGCUCCUCCUCACUUCAACCUCAUGACUCCCAAACUAUUUCUCGUACAUCUGUAGGAGUGAUCGCUGCCUCUUCUUACAGACUAAUGUGCGGAAACCUCUAAAAUGAAGGAGGCUAAUGAUAUCCCACAGGCACCCAUAAGAAGUCCAGCGUCCAUGAAUAUUUUAUCCAUGUGCAUUCGUGUCCAGUGUGAUCACUCAUUAAAACUUUAAGAAGCUGUUUGUGGCUGUGUAAUUUGCAUCGGCAGAGUGAGAGGGAAAGUCUAAGAUGGAGAAGGAAAAGCCCUGAUUUAAGGCUUAUUUUAGAAGUUUCUGCUCCUCUCAUAUCCUGUGAUAAACACAUUUUCUUCAAACUGGUUUCCUCAGAUGCAUUUCCUACUGAUGUUCCUUUUUUUUUUUUCUUAUGCAAAGAGCUGUAAGCCCGCUGAUAUUAUUACGACUCUUGAACAGCAACACAAGGAGAAUGAAAUUAUAAGCCAUUGUUGUUGUUGACUCAUCCUGUUGCUGCUGAGCUGCAGUCACUUCCCAAUAUUUUGCAUUCAUAUACAAAUGGGAAUUACUCCCUGUAAAGAGAAGCUCCAAGUGCCCGAGGCGUUUUAUCUUUAAUAAACACAUUAAUUAUGUAAUAGCAUAACUGUGCAUUCACAGGAAUCAUCCAAAAGCGUCCGUUCUGCAGCACUGACUGGAAUCUGUUGAAUUGAUUUAAAAAAAGACUACAUGGAAAAAUUGAAAGAGAUAGAGAAUCUGGCGAGAAACUAUAAGUGGGUUUUAAGGAGAUAUAUUCAAAUCAUAACACUUUCUGGCACUUUCCAGACAUUUCUCAACUGGAGAAAAAACAAUAGUGUCAGCUGAGUAUUUCUGCAGCACCCUGCAAAGUUGAUACACGGGGCCUUGGUUAUUUUUUUGUAUUGUGGCAUCCCUGUUCUGUUGCAGUAAAAUGUCAGAUGCAUUAGUAGGAUUCUCGCUUCACCACUUCAAGAAGAAACCAUCUAACGGUCUAAUGCAAUAUGGCUGCCCAUUACCUCCAGCUGAGACUGGAGUGAUGGUCAGCUCCUAUUGAUCUAUUUUGUUUGUGUUUUUUUUUUUUUUUCCUUUUUUUUUUGCUUUUGCUUUUGCUCCACCCCCCUCCCCCUUUUUCGGCGCUGCUCCAUUUUGCACCUUCAUCCUGGCUCCAGGUUGAAGCUGGCAGAGAUUAAUCUUGUUUGUAUUUUUCUGUGUCUGUCUGGACUUGGGCCAGAGUGAUGGAGUUCAGUUUUUUUUUUUUUUUUUUUCUCUCUCAUUUCAUGAAAAGCCUCGCAUUUGAGGAAAACCACCCACAAAGUAUCACUGUGGAAUUGAUUGCAGCGAGUUGCCAACAUGAUGCAUUUUGUUAGAUCUAAGCUGUGAGGGAAACACAAACUGCCAGUAAAGAACAGCACUCAUAUUUAGCAGUGGGAGAGGAACCUUGUGCAUCUGCAAACAGCGUAAAAAUAGACCAUGAUACAUGUGCAUGACCCUAUGACAUUGACAAGCCCCUCACCGGCAGUGAAAAGGGAGCACAGGAUAUGGAAGGUUGCACCGAUGUGGAAUAUGAAUGUCAGCCGCCUGUCAGCCUGUUUUGAUGUGCUCCCACGUAUUCAUGCUGGGAGGCUAGAGGGAGCAGGUCUGCCUUGUGACUGUGGAGGUGAUAAAUAUAAUUGCAGCAUUAUGGAUCCCCUGGAGGCUCGGGUUUGGAGGGUGUUGAGUAGACGAGUGGGGGGUCGAAUCCAUCAAGAGCCUCUAAUUUAAAGGGAUUUGUAUUUCACUAAAGCAAAAUGGCGAAGCAGGAUUCCUCGCCCCAGAGUGCAUUUUCAGAACUAAGGGCAGUGAGGAUGAAUAAUUGAAGCAGUUAAUGCAGUGCAUGACCUAUGGCACUCAGACAGAUAAGCAGAGAACUUCCAAGAGCCUGAUGAAUUUAGCUAUCAUGAUCAUUACGCUGUCUCUGAUAUAUUACUCGAACAUGGAGCAGAGGGGAGAAGUUCACGCCGUAUAUAGUUUUUAUAUUAUUUGGUGCCAUCACGGAUAGAUGAAUUAUGCGCGGUUCAAACUUUUUAAUUUCACAAGCGAGCAUCUCUCUUCCAAUACAAGCCACGUUUUUUACAUUCAAUGCAAACCAUUCCAAAAUAAUAGAAUAAACUUUUUAUGUACAAUUUAUAAGACCAAAAAAAUAAAACAGCUUUUGUUAUUGUGAGUGGCUUGAAAGCAUUUACUGAAAGGAUAAUUCAUUCUUUCUUCUUUUUAUGAGAGCGGUUAUAUGAGGUACUUGUAAAUGGUAAUUCAUUUACCUGCAGGGGAUCCUGGUCUGCUCGGCCCCUUUGAGAAACCAGACAGGGAAUUGGUAUUAAAACGAGGUUUUCAACCACCGGCUAAUUUCAGUUUUCUGUAUCACUGUAUAGAUGUUUAGGUAAGUCAACGCAAACACGUUCAUGUCAGUGCAAGUGUAACUUAUACGUGGACAUUUUUCUGAGCAUUACUUUGUGGUCAGAAAAGCUGUUUACUUUUCCUACUGUUUAGGGAUGCAGCAGCACAUACUUACAGUGACAGUAAUAAUGGGAUUGGACUAUCUUAAAAUUAGCUAAAUUACACGGUUUAAUCGACCCUGUCCGCAGCAGCAGCUGAUAGUCUAGCAUUAGUGCUGAUUCUCAAUUAAAAGCUGAGUCAUACAAUUACCGCAACUCUACUGUAAACACUGUAUAUAUACUGAAUAGUUAGUAUAGGCUGUAUAUGUAAUUCUCAAAAGACAGAUAGAUAGAUACAGAGGUAGAGAUACAUAAGAGAGACAUACAAAGAGUUCGUCUGGGUGAAGGACCAACAGCUCCUUUACAAGCGCAGUGUGUUUCUGCCUGCCACAUCCUGAGGGCCUCACACUCACAAACACACAGUAAUACAGAGAGGGGCUGUGUUAAGAUUGCACAGUUAUAUAACUGCUCAUGGAUGUACUUUAUGCCAUAUCCAUGAGGUUGUCUUCAGGUGCUUCUAAGACCACCUGACCAGCUGUGUUGGUCAGUUUUACACUGGACACUCAGAUUCAAGAAUCAAUCCUUUAAAGGUGGGGUAGGCAGGAUCUGAGGAAGUGCCAGUUUUGGGGAGAAAUCUUGAAUGUAAACUCUACCCCUCCCAACCAGUUUUCCCCGCAGCUCCUCCUCUCCCCUCCGUCUCUGCUCCAGCAAGCCCCGCCCACAAACAGACGCUUCUGCUCGCUCGUACCAUUUCUAUUAAAUUCAGAUAUAAUGCAGAUAAAUACUUCAGAUAAUAACAAAUGGGGCCCAGUCAAUGUGAAAGUAAAUAGCAGUGGUGCUACUGUAGAUGCUGACAGACUACCAGCAAACACAAUGUUUGCAGGACUUCUACAACUAGGAUAAAGUGACAUAGUCCAGGACCCGAGGUCAACAGUUUACAACGGCGCUACAACAUGCAGCAGGUCCCAUUUGACAAGAAACACUUCUGUUUCAGCUUACUUUAUUAAAGCUGUUUACCUGUCCAGCAGAAAGGUUACAGGGUCCGUAAGAUCCCAAAGCAUCCCCCAUCAUUGUUGACCCGUCUUUUUAGCUCUUAUCCGGUCUACCUCCUUUUUAAGCGCCCGUUAUUCCGCCAGAGUCUCUGGUAUUUACUUCGUUUUCUUUAUUGUGUUGACAGUCGUGGCCAAAGGACGAUUCAGACAAUUUUCUGUACUUUCUGGUUGGUUUCUACUGUCCGAUAUUGUAGCAUGCUACCUUUAUUUGGGCUCCUGAACGACCCGUCUGCCUCACAACCAAUCAGCACUAAGGAGCAGCGGCUGCCUCACAACCAGUCAAAUGUUAACUACAAAGACGUAACAAAACACAGCGAUAUUGUGAUAUUACCAAAUGUCAUCAAUGACUAACAGCUAUCGACUGAUAUUAAAAGCUUUUUUGUAUAUACACCACAAAAAAAAAAGAUUCUUCUUCAACAGAUUCCUGCCUACCCCACCUUUAACAUAGAGUUCAUGCUACGUUUAAUGGUCCAUGUUAAUGGCACAAAGCAUCUCAGCAGUUCUGGUUAAUUGUUUAGAUUCAAACUGAAAAAAUCCCCCAAAUAAAACUUGAAGUCUUGAUUAUGCUUUGACAUGUGUCCUGCCUAAUUUUUAUUUUUAUCAGCCACUAAAAGAAGAUCAUAUUGUCUUCUUGCUUCAUGGGGGGUAAAAUCACAAGGCAGCAAUCCAGCUAUUAACACCCAGUGUGAGUGUUGGCUGUGGGUGAUUACUGUCUUCCACUCAUGUUGAGUGUUGACCAUGGGUGGUUACUGGCAAAGGGGGUGUUUAGCAUCAGCAGAGGUCUGUUUUUAGCCUUAGAAGUCCAGUGUAGCAGUCGACCUAUUCAGAUACAGCCAAGCCUCAGGAGCAAACCGAUAAUAAGAGAAACAAGUUUUGUGGCAGGAGUUUAUUUCAGCCGGAAAAUGAGACUGAGUCACUCCUCAGUACCAUCAUUUAGCAUUGCACUCAUGGUGUGAGAACUCAGGGACAUCUAAUCUAACUUUGCAUAAGUAACCUAAAUACUCUGUGAAGGAGUAACCUGGAUGCUAAACAGUUCUGCUCCCCUCCCCUAAUUCCAAAUCAGCAGUCCUGAAAAUACAGUGCUGGACAAGGCUUAUUGUCCCAUGCUGCGCAUUGAGCCAGGGGAGAUGUCAAUCAAAUUUAAUCUGCCACACCUACACAGGCUUUUAAAAAGUCUACAGCAGUUUUUUUCCCUUUUUUCUUUUAAAUAUGGGUGUUUAUUUUUAGUCUGAUUUGUUGCGGAUGCUUAAAGACAUGCUUAACUUUUCAAUCAUAUAGUCAUAAAUACAUUUCGUGGAUAUCGAGCCAAAUUUCCAGAGGCUUUAAAUACUUGCUCUACUCCAUCAUUGCUAUACAACUCUCUUUCUUGGAUAAGACUUCAAUGAGUUGGAGUAAAACUACCCCCUCCCUCCAGAGCCUGAAAUUCGUAUGUCUCACAUCAAACCAUCUCCAGUGGAGAUAGACACAUGGCUCCUCUUUAAACCCACUAUUUGAGAGGAGAACUCUUUCAUGUCCAGGCGAUACUCUCUGGUGACAGGUGAAGGCGGUCCAACCUACGGUAGAGUACUCUGGAAGUACAGAUACAAUACUCUUAUUUCCAUCAUCCCUGCCUUCCUCUGACUGACUGAACGUCUGGCUGACUGACAGAUGAGGUAUUCUGCGGGCGUUCAAUAAUUUAGCCACCACUGCUGCUUCACUGUUGGUCCGCAUCCUUCAGGGCAGGCUUAAGCCCACAGCACGUUCAGCUCAGGUGCUCUUUCUCUGUCUCUGUGAAGAUGGGAUCUGCUCCAAAAGCUUCUUAUCUUCAUCAGCGGCUCCUGUGGUCUCUGCCUGUAUUAUUGGCUGUUGUGACCUAUAAUAUAUCUCUGUUCAGGUCUGUUAUACCAUUAUGCCUCUUCACACAAGCCCACAGGAGUUUUUUUCACGGUGGAGUUAAUGCAUUUUCAUGAGACUUUCUUUCUUCCUUACCCUCUCUGGAAAUAAUAUGUGUGUGAUACAUGCUGUACCUGCCCCCUGGUACUGAAAGGUGCCAUUAAUACGCCAGAUUCAGAUGUUAUCCGGUGAAAAGGAUUCCUAAAACCCAAACCUGGACUUCCAGUGUUAUAGUGAAGGCUUUCUGGCUGAAUGUAACUGAAAUCUCUGUGCAGAAAAAGAGCUUUAGUGUCGUCCCUUGGAGACCCACAAUGCUGGCUGUGCUGCACAAAUAACACCAGGCACGUUUCACUCUAACAGGAUACCGCAAACCCUCAAGCAACAGCUAGACCAUUUGCGGGAUCUCCAUUUUUAUGUUUUGCCCACUUAGGGAGGAUAACAGCGGCCAUCCCAGCGGUCUUUUGUCUGGAAUCAAGAAACAUUUUUAAGUCAGUCUGCUAAUACUUGAGAAAUGGAUAGUUAAGAGGAGGCUCAGCAGUUGUCAUUUUGCGAUUCUGCGCCUUUAGAAAUGCCACAGUAAACCGUGACUGAAGAUGUGUGAUCUGCCAGCUAAAAGCUGUUUAUAUCAAAGUAAUGAGCCCGAAGAGACUGGCAAUUAGGAGAUUCUUUCCAUUUCUCUGUCUACUCAGGGAAACUCAAACUGAAAGGUUAUUGGGUAGGCUAUUAAAACGCUUGAGUGGGAGAAAUUUUAAUUGGUUUGGGUAGAGCUUUGCUGUUGACUCAGGACGCAGGCUGCUGCCUCCAGUCCAGGCCUACAGUAGUAAUGAUGUCCUCUCGCGCAGGUGAUCACAUUAUCUGUUUUAACAGAGUGCCUCAAAGGUUAGCUCGCCCUCCACAGCAUAAUUACGAAGCUGUGUUGAUGCAAAACUCUUUCUGUAUUAUUUUUUAUGAGAGAUAAUUUUGUCUGUGUACUUGUUAAUGAGCUGUUCAACUUAACCCUGGAGAUAACAGCAUCUUACGAAGUGCUAAAAGCCAAUUUCAAGAAUAUGUACACUCCACAAAAUAUGGUGCAACUAUUUAGCAAUGGACGGGGGCAAUCUGUAAUCUUCAUCCUGUACAAACUCAUUAGCAGGGGGGCUGUCUAAGAAUGAUUUAUUGUCAGUGUUAAUAUCCUCCUUGUUUUUUAUUGCACACUCUGCUAUCAGAUUGGUUCAGGAUUCAACCAGAGAUGUCAGAUAAUGGCUUUAAAUGAAAAGUCAAUAGCAAGCUGUUGGAUUUUCUUGUUUCCAUAAGAUGAAAUCUGAGGCUUUAUGUCCCUCUUGAAGUGGACCAUUGAAUUUGUUAAAGCAGAUUUGUUUCCGUUUUACUUUUAAUGGUUUUGGUGCGCAGUCGGAGGGCGCCGUUUUAGAGCUAUAUUGCAUGCCGCUGUGGUUUUCAUCUCAUUUCCAAAGUGUAAAUGUAUAUACAGUGUUACUCUAUCAUUUAGAGUCUACAGCAGUAAGCAUGACAGCACCAUCAAAGUCUCACCAUUAUGUUUAGAUCAUUCUUAUUUCUAUAGGGGAUAAAAAAGCAGCUCUUGUGACCUCAGGCUUUUGUUUGUGUGUAAGAGUGAGUGAAUGGAUGAGAUCGUCCCAGAGGCCUUAUCAUUCCUUACUCCUUUCCCAUUAAAAAAGGUGGAAUCUGCAUUGCCCAGUCUUUGAAAAUCCCCCCCAACCCCAAGCUGGAGGAUUACGACAAAGCCAUCCAACAACUGCUGGAAACGCAGCACUCCCGGGCAGUCGUCAUCUUCGCCAGCGAGGAAGACAUACGGUGAGUAGUGCAGCACAUUGAUGGGCGUUGAUGACUUGCCAUGUUGAGGUCUUUAAUCUUUGAGUAGCAGCUCGCAGAGACUGGCUAAAGGCACAGAUUUACCAUGCGUGCUACACAAACAUACCUCCAUCAACACAAACACAAGUGUGCCUCUGAGGAGAAGUGGGAAUAGAGAUCACAACAAAGCAAGAGAUGUUGUUUCAUUUACAAUUGCCCAUGGGAAUUGGUGUUCAGAAAGAAAGAAUAAAACAUUUAUUGCCUCUAAAUUCAAAAUGAAGAAGCCAGCAAUGAAGAGUGAAAUGUAAAAGACGAUGAACAGCACUCCCUCUGUUAUCUUUAAAUAAAAGAUAGCCAAAAAACAAACACAUCUGGAGCAGGAAAAUAAACACUCUUCCCUUCCUUUUCCUCUCACCUUUGAUAAGAUAAACUUAAGAACUGUACGGGAUCGAACUGUAGUAUCCAAACAACACCUCUGUGCAAGCUGUGCCUCUGUGUAAUAGAUAUUGGACUGCACACAUCUCCUGUUCUCGCUCCUAAUUCACACAUGGAUGUCCUUGCAGGGGAGUUCUCAAUGCCACCAAGAGGGCCAAUCAGGUGGGCCAUUUCCUGUGGAUUGGAUCUGACAGCUGGGGGGCCAAGAGCAGCCCGAUUCACCAGCUCGAAGAUGUAGCAGUGGGGGCGGUCACUAUACUGCCCAAACGCUCCUCUAUCGAAGGUAUACACACACACACAAACACACACAAUCACACUUUCCCAAGGGCUGCAUUGUUUUCAUCAUAUUGUCCUCAGGAUAUUGUUGGGAGAAACUGCCUCACUAGUUAUUUUUACCUAAUUAUGCACAAUAACCUGCAGAUUAAAAGAAGAUUUGAUGAUAUUUAAGAGCCUAAAAAAAAGAUAAAAGUAUGAAAAAACAAAGAAAUUCUGAUUUAGAGUCACGGUGCUUCAACCUGUUCUCUUGAGAUGGAUGAUUAGAGAUAUAAUUAAUCAGUCUGAUUAAUGGCAUUUUUUAAUAAUCUGCAUCAGCUAAUGAAAAAGUCUGCAGACUGUAAAGUCAUUCCAUCAGUGUGGCUGCUGUUGAGCAAUAUUGACACCCCCUUGACUGAAAACACAUUAUUCCCAGCAUGACCACAUAUAUUAAAUCUGAAUCAGUUACUGGCUGAUAUCUGAUAUUAGGUUUUGUAAUAAUGUAUGGAAUAAUGUAUUUUAAUAAUGUUCCUGACAUAAUUAUCAGUGGUACUCUGAAAUCUAUUAGCAUAAUCCAAUUUAUUUUUCUAUUUCAUGAAUAAAAUCAUGUAGAAACCCAUGUUUAACAUGCUACAAGAUAAGACAGCCAUGUAUAUUAGAUUAUCAUGUGGAUAGAAUAAUGGAUGUUAUAUUGUUUUUCAAAUGAUAUAUAUAUAUACAUACAUAUGUAAUAUCUGCAUUACACACUGGUAAUCGACAUACACUCUCUCUCUCUCUUUAUCAAUCAGCAUCAUGGUUUGGUGGUUUAAUCUACUGUAAAUAAAUAAAUAAUAAUAAUUAACUGAUAAAUGGCGUUUUCACCCUGCAUUUGUUUGUUUGUUUCUCCCUCCUUCUAUAUGGAAACUAAGAGCUGAAGGCACUGCAGUCAUUUCUUACGGCUUUAUAAUCUCUCUGUGAGAAAUACAUCAGCAUUUUAAAUCAAUUUCAAAGCCAUGGCUCAGACCACCUUGCCUUUCAGUCACACUUUCUUUUUGAUAAGAAUUAUUAGAUAUAGCUGUUACCGUCUUGGUCUGAGCUUAGUAUUCAUGGUCUCUCUCUAUUUGACAGCACCCACCCUGCCCUGACUAAAAAGUGCAUAGCAAGUUUAGUUCAAAGCAGAAAGACAUGGAGGAUUAAAUGAUCUCUGGUGUAUACAUAAAACAACAAACUAAUAAUAGGUCAUUAUGAAAAUCUGAAGUUGGUCCACUGUUUAUUAAGAUAUUGUUUGAAUAGCCUGUUUCUUUAGUGGAGAAGUUAGACGCUUCUUGGCUGGAGCUGAGACAAGCCACGAUGCUCUCCGUGGAAACGUCAGCUAGACCUGAGUGGGCACAGUUAAGCUCUAUAGUGUACUGCACCGACGGAAACGUGAUGCACAGGUUUUUUCCUGUGAAAUGGAGGUGCUUGUGUUUGAGUCCACAGCAAGCAUGUGCGCGGCAUCCUGGGCGCACACCUCACACCCACAGCUGAUGCCAUACCCACUCCGGUCAAUGCUAUAGUUUCCACUGAAAGAGCUGCGGCACUUCAUAGGUCAGUCCCAGAGGUGUCUUUCCACUCUGCUCGGCCAAGUCUAUUUUCAACAGGGCCCAUGUUCAGCACGUGGCAAGCUGAGCAGAAUAGAUUUUACUGAAAGUUAGACACUGAAACGGCAUAGAGCAGUCAUCCCUAACCUUUUUUGUACCAGGGACCAAUUUCAUGCAGGAAACUUUUUCCAAGGACCGGGUAGGGGCGUGGAGGUUCCAAUAACAAAAACCUUAAUCAGUACAUAGUAUGUAAUCUGGAUACAACAAUUACAUUUUAUAUCAAUCAAUCAAUCAAUCAGUCUUUAUUUAUACAUAUCACUUUUCAUAUAUAACAUGUAGCACAAACUGAGACACACAAAAAUAGGAAUAAAAGAAACAAAGAAUACCCAAAUCAACCCCAGCCCAACCCCUCAUUCCCAUCCCAUGAUCUAAUUGAAACAAAAACAGUAUUAAAAUGCAUAAACUUAAAAAGGGUUUGAUUUCGUGGAAACAGGAAUGUGCGCACUGAGGAAACGUCAUUUUAAAACUCAAGAUAAAGAAACACUGGAGGUUUAUGUUAAAAUCUAAAAACAAAGAAACAAAGAAUGAAAUUCAAGAAAAAAUAAAUAAAAUGAAAUGAAAACAACAGUAAAAGAUACUAAAAUAAGAGCACCAAAAUAGCUCAAUAAAAUACGAUCCUGUUAUUAAAACUAUAAAGAGAUAAAUGCUAAAAGACUUAAAGUUAAUGAUAUAAAAUUUAGUUAAAAGCAGGACUAAAAAGGUACGUUUUCAGUUUGCUUUUAAAAUCAUUAUGAUUAGGUGCAGUCCUCAGGUCUUCAGGUAAGCUGUUCCAUAGACGGGGGCCAUAGUAAUAAAAAGUUGCCUCACCGUAUCUUGGUUUUAACUUGCAGUAUUGUUAACAGAGAACUUCCUGAAGAUCUGAGGGCUCGACCUGGCUCAUAAGGUAAAAGAAAAUCAGAUAGAUAAGAAGGGCCAAAGCCAUUAAGAGCUUUAAAAACUAAUAAAGCAACUUAAAAUCUAUUCUAAAAGAGACGGGUAGCCAAUGCAGAGACCUUAAAAUCGUUAUAAUGUGAUCUCUCCUUCUGGUCCUUGUUAGCAGCUGAAUUUUGUAAUAACUGCAGUUGUGAAAUAUUCUUUUUUGGGAGACCAGAAAGGAGGGCAUUACAAUACAAUAUAUGAGGCACUUUUCAUUACACUUUAACAUCAACUCACCAUAAUGCAGAAUCAACCCUCUCUCUCUCUCCAGUGAACUCUGUUUCUGGCUCAUUUUUGCAAGGGCUAGCUUGUGCUGCUGAUGACUUGUGAGUCAAGUGAGGCGAUGGUGGAAGUGGUGGUCUUUCAAAAUAAGAUACUGGGAGGACAGAAAAGAAAAUAAUAUAUUUAAUCACCGUUUUUUUUUCCGGCCUGGUUCUAAUUGAUCCACAGACUGGUACUGGUCCGGGGCCCACUGUUUGGGGACCUCUGGCAUAGAGCAUCUGGUCAAUUUCAAAAUAAAACGUUGUGUACAGACUCUGGACCAUGUAACGGAUCAUAAAGAUAAGAUAAAAGGAUUGAUUAUGCAUGUAUUUUUUAUCAACUUAAGAAAAAAAGAAACCCUUUUUAAUGAAAACAUCACAGUAGAAGCACCAAAAUCAUGAAAUAUCUAAAUGGACGGUAAAUAAUAAACAGGAAGUCACAGUAACCUGUUGCCUGUAUAUGUUGUUGUUCUUGUUACUGUGGUGCACACAGAAGGGGCCACACCAAAACCAAAACCAAAAUUAAUGGCCAAAAGACGCUAAAACGCUCCAAACAGCCGAGAGGAACUGCAGACUCCUGUGUUGUUCUCUGUGGGUUCAUUACCUGAAGCAACCUCUUCCACAUUAAAAGUCUUUUCAUCCAUCGCUAAUGUUAAAACAUUGAUAGGAGCAGCUUUAAAAACCACACUCAAACAAGCCUCCACGCACAUAGCUUGUUCUUUUUUCUCUAAAGCCUCAAGGAAAAUCGCUCCCUUGAAAACACUUAAAAGAACAUCCGUGGGAUUUGAUGUAUUUAAAAUCAUGUUCAGUGACAUACCAGUAUUUUUUUUUUACUUUCUCCACAUCGAUCCCCUGUCUCAUCUUUCUCUCCUUUAGCUUACGGUUUUUAAAUGCCGAAGAAAUUAUCUCCCUCAAACCUCAAAACAAUCUGACCUUGUUGUUUGUAUUUUGCCGUGGGUUGAACACAACCGCGGUGAAGUGAGUUUUGACAAAGUGAUCUCUGAUCUUAUCGGUCUCAGCUGUACACUUAUUUCAAAAAAAAAAAAAAAAAAGAUGACACAAAACGAUGUGCCAGACAAAAAGCUUUCAUUUAUUUUUUUAACGCUUAAGAAGCGAAGUGUUGUGAUCUCUCAUAUAUUCCUGUGGUUAAACUCCUAAUGGUAUCCCAUUAUCACUUGUUUUGAAGAGCCUUGGGGUGAAUUUCUCUUAAAAGUGUAGCUUGAGUUCGACCAGCCAGUACAAAACAAAGAAAAUAUACCACUACACGUGUCGGACCACGCACAAAUUCACCGCAGAUGACUACUUUUCUGCAUGCAUGAUCUAUUUUAAGCUUGGCCUGCGUCACAAUCUAAAUAUUCACUCAUCAUCACAAUCGAGGAAGUUUUAUGGAGCUGUCCUUAAUUAGUGAGGUCUAACCAGGACACAUGUACACUCUGGAGGCAGUGAGAAUAUUAUUAAUCCAGCAUGCAUCAUUGAUGGUCUUUUGAAAAGAAAAUCAGCUGAGUCAUUCAGCUUUGAUUAGCCAUUAUCACCUCUACCCACGACUCAGCUGAUUUCACUGGAUAACAGCGAGGAGACAGAGACUGUGAGAAAUUCGCAUUAUUCUGGAGACAAAAAUUAAACCCAUGACUAAGUUUUUGGAGGAAUAUUUUUUAAAAAGAAACGACAGACCACAAUCCAGCAUCCGAGACUUUCUUUUCUUUUGUUGCUGCAGUUUCCACUCCCCAAGCCAAAGCUCGACACAAGCGCCUAAGCCCUUUUGAAAUUAGUGUUAAGCUAAUACAUCAUGCCUUCAAUCCAUUGCUAUUGUAAUGGAGUUUAUGAAGCGAGGAAAACCUGUUCAGUACCUACAGGACCUCAGAGCCUGAGGCGCUAGGCUGUGGCACCCUGUACAAGUCCUGCGUUAUUUAUUAUGCAUCCUGUUUUUUAAUUAAUGUAAUUUCCUAGAUGAAAGAAGUGAUUAAAACUCCAUGGGGCCUUGAGAGGAAGAGGAACCACUGCGGUCAAAUUUUGAUGAAGUAGUGCUUGCUCGUGUGCUUAAACACCUAGCGGCCAGUGCCAGCACCACCACUGCACCACUGCACAAGUCUCGCUUCACUUCCUACAGGUUUGAAUUGGUUGAUAAUUGGCUCAGAACUGAACCAUUCUUCUCUUUCCUCUUCUCCCAGGGUUUGAUGAAUACUUUACCGGGCUCACCCUGGAGAACAAUCGAAGGAACGUGUGGUUCGCUGAGUUCUGGGAGGAAAACUUUGACUGCAGGCUGCUCAGCGCCUCAAAACGGGAGGAUACUAGCCGUAAAUGCACAGGUACACCAGUUCUGACAUGAGCAAACUCUGAAUAUUUCUGUUCUACACUAAUGGAUGAUGCAUAUUUCAAGUCUGUUAUGUCAGGUUGAUGUGAACUUGACCUUUUGUUCCCAUUAGACGCUGCAGAGAGACUGUUGGGAUUUUCAAUUCAGCCUCUCUCUUGUCUGCAGCACAGUCACAGACUCUAACACCAGGUGUUUUCACCCAGCGGGUGGAGGACAGGCUGGGUUUAUUAUUAGAAUAAUAAUGCACCACGUGUCUUAGUCAUAGUACAGUUACAUACCGUCUGCUCCUGUGGCUAAUGUCCUGUAACUCUCAAAUCCCAUAUUCCCUCUUUUUCGCCUUAACCCAGUCACCUUGACAGCUCAGCUCAGCCGUGCUGUGAGUGCAAACGGAGCCGGAGCAUACUUAAUUUUGGUGGGAAGUUACAGGGACAAUGAGAGAAAGCCGUGUCAAUGCUGUUAGAGCCCAAAUUCAGCUUGGUGUAGGCAUUGAUGGAGGCGUUUUCAACAGUGAUGCAUGUUCGUAUUACCUAAACACUGCCUUCUGACAGUAUGACAGGCAUUGCACUGCAUGUAUUAUCUACCAGGGUGAUGCCUGUAAUGUGGGAUGCUGUAUUAAUCUUGCAUGCAUACGUGAUGAUGGUGAAGGCAGUGUGACACAAAUUAGUGUUUGCUGAGGGAUUUCGUUUCAUUUAUAAUCUCCUGUUUGGCGUCUUUUAUCAUGCGUCAAAGACAGAAGAUGCUCAUUCAUCAAGUGAACCCCACAAACCCUUCGCAAGAUGACAGUCAAAGUUUUUUUUUUUUUCCCUCUUCUUUCAAUUCCAGUGAAAAUGGCUGUCUCUUUAUUCUUUUACACCUCAAGCUGAGCCGAUAUUUCCGAACACAAGGCAAGAAAGAGGCUUCUGCAUUCAAAGACUGUCCAUUUAGCACCCUAUGCAGGGCGCUGUGAAAAGCAAAGAUGUUAUGUGUGGGCUGAAAUGUAUGUUAAGUUAUGAGGAAUGGGCUGAAAUGUCAGCACAGAUUGCUUUUGACCUCUCUCAGUGUGCAAGUCUCCCUCAGCCUUAUAUGUGUCCUAUUAACAUCGUGCGCUCCUCCACAUGUGAGCUAUAAACAGCAAUCACUGAGGAGAGGAUUUUCUUUUAAUAUUCAAAGUUAUUCUCUUCCUCAUCAUUUUGGUUUACUGGGUGCUUAAAUGUUAAGAUAAUGAUGCUAAUGAUAAUGAUCAUGAGGAGGACGGUUAUUAUUAUUAUCUCAAGUAAUAGUAGUGUUUUUGUUGUUUGAUUUUAAUUCGCUCUUUGAAUCGUGGGUUUCAUCUUCCUGGAGUAUAAAAAAAGCUCGUUUGGAUUUUUUACAGAAACAGAAAUCCAGAGGGGCUUGUACAUUAUGCAUUCAUUCAGUGUAUCAGCUGUAGAGGCUAAACCUUUAUGGCAGCCCAUAGUGAAAGGGCAGUACACUGGGAGGAGGAUAUAAAAGAGCAGAGAGCUACUGUGGAAGAGUAUGUUACGAAAGUUCACAGUGAUCUUCAUCACCUUGCAAAUGGGACAAGUGAGGUCUGUUCUGAGCUGUCUAUUACUUUGUGAUACACCGCAGUAAUUCUGAGUCAAAAACACUAUGUCUCACAGCUCAGCGUGACGCUCAGACUCGGGAAUUUAAUGUGUCUCCUUCUUUUUGUGUCAUAUGGUCCCUCUAGGUGUAAAUCUGACAAACCCAGAACAAGCAGCAAAUAGUAAAUGGAAGACUGAAAAUGAAGAUGGAGAUCGCAGGGAGUUCUUAAGGGGGAUAUAAAGUCCAAUUGUGCUUUUUUUCCCUUUUUUCUUCAGGCCAGGAGCGCAUUGGGAUUGACUCCAAGUAUGAGCAGGAAGGGAAGGUGCAGUUUGUGAUUGACGCGGUGUACGCCAUGGCCCACGCGCUUCACAACAUGCACAGGGACUUGUGUCCUGAUCACCCUGGAGUUUGUCCACAGAUGGAGACCGCCGAAGGGAAGACUCUGCUGAAGUACAUUCGCAACACCAGCUUUAACGGUGAGUGGCCCAUCAGAGAAACCUGCACAUUUGAUUGUCACCGAGUAUAACCCUGCCAUGUUUCGAUCUGUAUUAGAGGGCUCUUGGGUCACACUGAAGGCGUUUCUGCUCAUUAAACAUGCAUUUCAUGGCUAUUUACAACAACAAAAACCCAUUUCAUGUUCAUUUACAAGUCUUUAGGAUUUGAUUGGUCCCAUACUGUGUUGUGUAUUCCAGCUCAGGUUUACUGCCAAGCAGCAACCUCCAGUUUCGAAAAAUGGAGCCAAAAAAAUUAAGGUGUAAUAAACUGCGAUUUCCUAAGUGUCCACUAGAUGCUGGCUCCAAAGACCCAGAAAGCCUGAUUAACACCCAUGUUGCACUGCUCAUUUUUACAGUAAAACCUGACACAUUUACACUCUUGUUCUGGUCUGUACAGCUCAUUUCUUUCCUUGUACACACGGGAAAGGGAAUCUGUGUAUACAUUAAAAGGAUAAUUGAUUUAAUUUGGAGUGGGAUACAUGGGGCACUGUUUGCACAUUAUUAUGGGCACAGCUGAUUUGACGGACAAGCAAGUUGUAGAUGUUUGCCUUGAGGACACAAACCCACCUUAGCUCCUCCUCUUCGCCUGUGUCGAGGCCGAUCAAAAGCUUGUUUAAGUCGACAUUUCUAACAUGGCGACCCAAAGAGAUCAUUGUCCAUCUUUUUCUUUGUCAUUGUUUACUUUGUGUGCCAUGGUCAACUCUGUGGACAUCUCUAUAAGUCAGCUCAUAAGUUUACUUUUACCACUUUUCUUUUUCCCCUUUUGACUUUUUGUUUUCAUACUUUAUUCCAAGAAAAUCCUCCAAAAAGGACAGGGGUUGCAAAUAAAGCAUCUGCCAUAAACAAUUUGAUACUUGCAUGGGACAGCUGUUCCCAGUUUGUCCAUAGAUAUUGUAUCCGUUCUUAGAAAUGGACCAUACAUAAAUGAAUAAUAUGAUUCCAGUUUAUCCGCCAAAGCCUGAGAUAUGAGCCACAGUCUGUUCAGAGCAGAAAAGCAGUUUUGACCUAUCAUAAGUGAGUGCUUAACACAACUCUGGAAUAAAUGCCUAUAAUAUAAUGUAUAAGCAUUAAUCUGCUGAUGUUAAAACCCACUACAAACAUGGCUAGAUGCAAGAUUGUCUCCCCGUGCUUGCUUGUGGGCUGGCUACAAUUUGAACUCAAUUUCAAAAACCAUUUUCUGGCUCUCUGAAAUAUUUGUAGCCAAUAUGACUUAUUAUGGGUCUGCCCGUACUUGAACCUCUACAUUAUUCAGCCCUGUACGGAGAGGGAUGUGGAAGAUACUUAACAAUUAAUGACAAAUAGCUAUUAAUGAUAACUGCUCUGAAAUGCAAAAGGGGAGGGCAGGCAGAGAGCCAAGUGGGAGCGCAGUUUAAAACAAGCGAAACCUUUGUCGUUACGAAUGUGCCGGCAUGUAUGUCAGCCAGUGAUCGUUCUCUGCUGCUCUGAAGUACACUGAGUCUUCACAAAGUGUUCCAGAUAAGAUUCAGCUCUUCUAAGUAAGGGAAUCAUCCUAAUCUUCUCACAAAACUGUCCUACUUUUAGAAGCAGAUCCAGCUCAUUGUCUUUAAAAUAACACUUCACCAUGAUGCUUUGUACGUAGGGGGAAAUCGUACGAGCAUGUACUUAAGUGGGGUAACUGUAUUGUUCUGACACCCUGUUUUUAUUUCAGACUUUGAUUCACUCCAGUGUGUACUUCUAAAUAUAAACUGCAGUGUUACACAGGUUGAAUAAUGAAGAAGCAUUGAGACUUUCGCAGAGAGUCUGCUUAAAUUUUUGCUGCAAACUAAGAACACUUUCCCAAAGUAAUUAUGUUGUAUUUGUUAAGGAUGCUGCUUUUCUUGAGCCUUUAGCAUAAACUUAAUUGCUUAAGAUCAUUGAAGAUUGUAUGGGAGGGAAUUGCUUCUCCUUUUAUAGACUAAAUUUCAAUUUGGCCCCUUUUUUUUUGUUGUUGUUGUGCGAGGUGAUUUAUUUUGUUCCGACCGACCUUAAUCAGGUGACACUUCCAAUCUAGAAAAAUGGGUUUUGGUCCAAGAGGACUUGUUUUUUUGGGUGGAUUCAGUCAGGCUUACACACCUAGAGUAAUAGAGGCUAUAGUUCUCAAAGUGGUAAGGUGCAAUUUCAGCCUUUGGCUCCCUAAAGCAUGUCAUUCUCCCAUCUUCCUUCUUAACUUUCUUCUUUAUCCAUUAUGCUCUCACACAAUAAAGACACAAUAAAGCUCAAAACCACAAUUUUAACAGAAAAGAAAGACUUGACACAUUUGGGGAUAAACACUAAGCUGUGGAUUAUUGCACAUUUGUUGUACUACUAGUUAAAACAGCAGCAACAUGGAAGACACAAACUUGUUAUAAAUGUAUGCAGGGGGUUUUAAGUGGUUUGCAGACAUAGAUUAGAGGAGUAGGGUAUUUCAGAGCAAGGCUAUUCUGCCAAUCCAAUAUUUUCUGCUAAUUUCAGUCUUUUUUUGAAAGUUUUGAAAGGCACAUUUUACAGCUUUAGGUCAGUGUAAGCGAUAUGUUGUUCACGUUUCAUAGGACUAAUGACUUUUUUUUGCAGUUAAUUAUUAAAUAAACGCAUAAAAAUAAAUCGUCAGUGAACCCGGGGCUACAGAGCUGCCUGGCUGUCUUCAACUCUGUCGCUAUGGCAGCGAUGCAGAGUUCCAGCAGGAAAGAAGCCCUUAGAUUUUAAGGUGGCACCAAAAACACUGUAAUCUCCUAUGCAGCGCUUAGAUGCCAAGGCGACCUUAAGUAAGUGAAGACUCAUGCAUGGGAUCCACUGUCCAAUCUCAAAAACCAUCUGGGCUGCUGAAUGGUAAAGUAAUAAAGGCUACAUUAAGGGUGUGAUAAAGGCAUAAUAAAGGGUGUAUGACAGGCUUAAUAAAGGGUGUUAUUAACAGUGUUAUAAGGCUCUAUAAAGGAUGUGAUAAAGGCUUUAUUCAGGGUGUGAUAAAGGCUUAAAAAAAGGAUGUAAUAAAGGCUUUAGAUGGUUGGAAGAAACUGCAGUCUCCUAGGCAGUAUUUAGAUGUGAGGGGGGUGCUUAAGUAAGUGCAGAUUCAUGCAUGGGAUUGACAAUCUGCUGUCCAAUCUCAAAAACCAUCUGGGCCUGUGCUCACUUUUUUUUUUCCAAAUGUUCCAGCUUCCAAAAAACAUUUAGCUCAGUGUGACACCAGCAGUGAAAGAGGUUCAUUUCACCUGAGUCUAAAAUAAGAUCUGCACCUUCUCUAUUUCCUCUGCCUCUUUCAGUCCAGCUAUUAUAUUCUCAAACCUUUCUACUGUUGUGGCUCAGGCAUAUCUCGCUGCCCCUUAUUGCAUUUAAACUGGAACCGUGCGCAUUAUCCUGUGUGUGCGCUGCUGCUAAUGUAUGUUUGAGAGCGAAGGAGUGUAAGCCUCCUUUGUUGAUCUCCCCACUGCGCCCAAGUCACAGAGCUGAAGAGUGAGAGGCAGGAAAAAAAGGAGAGAAUAAUGAUGCGAGAGAAACACAGCAGUGGAUCCCCAGUCCACCCACACCGCUCUGCACAGCAGCAGUUCACUUUUGUCAUGUCUUAGUUCACAGCCACAUGCAAAUGCAUAAAUCUUUCAUCUUAGACAGCUUUCCCACUAUGGAGUCUACACAGAGCAUUUUGUUGCCUUUUGCCUUUUGUUGCAUUUCCUUGCCAGUGCCAGGCAAUAAGAAAUACAAAGGAAUUCCUAAUGCGUUUUAUCUCCACACGCAGAAAUGCUGCUUAAUUAUUAGCUCUAAAGCUGAAGAGCGCCAAGUGCCCAAUCACUCACGUCGUUUCGCUGAACGACUUCGAGUUUGUUUAUUUGUGCGUGUUUUUUGCUGGGGCGGUGCAAGCGAGAAUGGUAACCCUGUCAUAGCAUUUGCUCACAGGAGUCAAUACCCUGUCAACAUCUUUAUGCACUGUGUCAACAAGUCUGGUGUCUGUUUGGUGGAAGCAGAAGUGACAGGACGGUGACUGCCACCCACCGAUCUUUAUUCUGGUUUUCAGAGUGGGAGAGUUCUCGCUAUGAGCCUCACAUGUAGGUUUGAAUUCAAUCUGAGCAGCCGUCAUGCUUUUGUCUGGGGCUGACACAUCAAAGAAAUCAGUGUUUGACUUUGAAACAGAAAGGGUAAUGGGUCAAAUGCCUCUGGAUGCAAGUAGUAAGUGUGGACUAUAAGUGCUGUUUUAGCAGAUACAGAGGGAAAAUGACCCACAUCAUCAUGGAAAUAGCCACUUAUAUGCGGACAUCUGUAAUUCAGAAUUGUGCCGAAGAGUCAAAAGCAAAACUGUUGGUGCUUGUAAACAGUAUUUUAUUUGAACUGCCCCCUAUCCUGUCACCUGAAAUGGCCUUUCCCUCUUGCCACCUCUGCUGUUCUUGUUUACAUGAAGCCCUUGGCUAGAAACUUUUGUAAAAUGUUCAAUGACAAAUGUCCUUGAAAAACACAAAAACCAGGGGAGAUGAAAUUCCCUUCUGGCUGCAAACUAAGGAAAAAGGUGCUAUGGCCUUCAGUCCAAAAGCCACACGCUCUGUUCCAGAUUCGAAAACCAACAUGUUCCCAAAAGUGUUUUGGACAUGUGCUCCUGGUCCUGCCUCCACACUUUUUAUAGCCAGAGCUAUUACAGCGUUUAAUUCCCAUGUCAUGCACCAUCAGACUCCCCCCUGUCCCAUUUCAAAAAUGGUAUCUCCAUUCGAGCUCACAGUAUGUAGUGCCAAGGUGAAUAGACUAGUUGUACAAUGCAGCAGUUUUCAUUCUCUCCCUCAGCAUUGUGGGAUGGUACAAAUGACCUCAUCAACAAUGCAGCCCUCAUGUAUAAAAAAAAAGGCAACAACCGCUUUUUCCCAUUAAUGCCAGUCAACAUUCGCUUCUGCCAGGGAGAUCUGAUGUUGACUGACAUCUGCAUUAACACACUUCCUCAUGCACGAACACGCACUCUGCGGGCUCUGUACUCAUAUCAAACAACGCGCACACAAACACCAAUGCAUCCCCACCUGACAGGUUGGGAGAAGACACACAUUUUGUGUUUCAGGUGUCUGUCCGCAGUCCUCUCUGAGCUAAUUAGCGAAAUCUUCAGGGCUCUGCUUGACUCAGGCUGCUACACACUGAGAGCAGAUGGGGACCGUAUGAUGCUUUGGCUGACCUGCCGAUCUUCUCUAUAUGUCCCAUUGUUGCCAACUGUGUGACUGAAAUGCAUUUCCAACACGAGGAGUGCCGUGUGCAUUCGAAAAUAGCAAACCAUUUCUGAUACUCGUACGCAGGGCGGAGAGGCCAACCGUGGUUUGCAUGUGCGAAUUUGUAUUCCUGUAGUUGCUAUUGUGCAGAUGCAGUGGUGCAUAGGAAGCAGAAGGGGAGUGCUAUAUGGGCAGACGGGACCCUGUAUGUCGUUAUAAUAAAGGUUCAGCAUAAAGGUCAAUGUAUUUGGAGGUUUUAAAUGAGAGGGACUGACUAUUUAUGUAUGGUCCGUGUAGGCCCAAGCACAGAGAGAGGCGACAGGUCAAAAGUUCAUGUCUUCUUUAAAAAAUGAUGCUGCACUCUACCAAACCAGUGUCUAACAAUUUUCUCCCCCGCUGUCCUUCUGCUGCAUUUUCUCUCUCUCUAUCCCUCUGCACAGGCAGCGCCGGCACCUCUGUUGUGUUUAACAAAAACGGUGAUGCUCCAGGACGCUACGACCUGUUCCAGUUCCAGAUGACCAACUCCUCCACCCCGGAGUACAAGUCAGUGGGACAGUGGGUAGAGUCGCUCCAGCUCAGGGUAUGACACUUUUGCAUAUAAUGCCAACACAGGACCCACACAAAGGUUGUCAAAUGUCGAUUAAAUGCCUGUAUUUAACCAGGAUAUGUAGGCUCAGCAUUGCUAAAAAAAUUACAAGCGUAAAUACUGUGUUUAGCAAAAUUGAAAUCUCUAGUGUGACAGAGGGGGCACAUUAUUUGCAUCUGAAACACGAAGAGAGCUUAGGUGCCGAUGCAUUUUACUUUCAGUUUAAUUGAUAUGUUUUAGGCUAAAAAAUGAAUUAGUCUGUGCGAUUGAGCUAGCAAAAACGAAGUGCUUAUCUCUAACAAGAAGAUAAAUGCACCAAACUAACUCCUCGGGUUUGAUUUUUCCCCCUGAUAAUGAAAAGAAAACAUUUAUAACCCAAACAAAUACGUUUCUGUCAAACUGCUGCGUACUAAUGUUAGCCAAAUGAGAAGCAUAUUCCAAAGUCCUGAAGGAAAUUACUUUUCGACUUCAUUAAAUAAGGCAAAUCUUUAAUUAAAAGAUGAUUUUGUCAAAGGUGAUCACAUUUUCAAACAGCUGCAUUUAAAAAGAGAGAACAACAUGCAAUUAAGCUGACAGGAGAUGUUAAAAUAAGCACAUGAAGAGGGAUCAAAUGGGGUAACUGAAGUCUGUCAGAUUUAGUCUGCAAUUAAAAAGGAGUUUGAUAUGUUUCUACCUACUAAUAAGCCUGAAAUAAAAGUGAGGGCUUCUUUUGAGAGCUCAGCACCGAAAGAAUGAGGUAGAAAGAAAAACAGACAAUAAUCAGUUGUUGGAGAUGACUCCUCUCCCACUGCUCAGGUUGGAGGACUGAUGGUGAAAGAGAGUGGGAGGAGGAAGAACAUGUUUUUAACCCUGAGUGUUAGACCGCAUGUGUGUGUUUGUGUGCGUGUGUGUUUGUCGUUUGGCAGCAAGAAAGCUGCCGAGAUAGUUGAUGCUGUUGGAAACUGACACCUAAAUACACAUUUCUCACGGUGCUCCUGUCGUUCGGUAGCUUUACUGCAGGUUUUACUGUACAGGAUGAAACUCUAAAUCUGUGAUCACAUUUUUGUUAUUAAGGCACACCUGAAAGCGGCAGAUAAAUCUCAUAAAGGUUUGGGUUUCUUUGCCUGAAAGCACAGGAUUUAAUGGGAAUAUUUUUUGAAAAUGCAAUUCCCCUUUCUGCAUAUUCAAAAUUUAGUAGAACCUAUAGUGCAGAAACACAGAUAAGGCAGUUUUCAUUUCACAGGAGCCUUAAAUAACUUAAAUUCAGCUACAAAAUCAGUUCAAUACCCAGGUUAAGUGUAGGCUUGUAGUCGGCUGCAGAGCUGCUUUUAAAGUGCAGGUAUUGGUUUGUAGCCGCUGUAAUAGAUCUCACUGUCACGGCCGAAGAAUGGUCUGUGUGUGAUUCAUGUGGACAAUAAAGAAACCGAUGUUUUGUCAAGGUGGACAUCGCUUGAAAUUGCUCAUACUGUAUGAUAAGAUGAACCUGAGCUGAAAGAUCUGAGUAUUUCUAUGUAACUCCGAUUACAAAAAAAAAAAUAACAUGACAUUAACAUACAGAUGAGUUAACAUUUGCAUAAUGGCUCUCUGGAUCACAAGAAUUACACUCAACCCAAUGGAUUUGAUAGCGCAGGUGGAACAACGUCUGCUGCUGGAGAUUUGUGCUUCACUCUGUUUUAGUGUGAUUACAAACAGAGCGCUGUUACAGUGCAAUUAGACCCCGAUGCAGAAGCUAUCACUUUGUUCAGCAAAACAUAAAGAGCAUCAUAAUUUAAAGGUUAUACUGGAAUAAGCAUCCUCUUUUCACACUCUGUGAUCAUGGAUAGAAGAGGACAAUGUUACGCCGUUCCAGCUCACAGAAACUCAAAUUAACUGUAAAAUUAACGGCUAAAACAAAACACCCAAUAUGGCAGCCGUACGAGUCCGAGGUGUCAAAAAUCUCACUGGUCUCCAUGGCAACAGGGCUGUUGGUCUCAUUACUGUUUCCACACUGUGUGUAAUCGGGAGGUUUUCCAGAGAGUACCAUUCAUUGUCCAAAUAACAAAUGGCACCUUCAUGCCCUCAGAUAAAUGGCACCUGAUAAUCUAUCUAGACACCAGAGUAACAACACAUUUGUCAUACAGGUAUACACAACCCAAACACAUCAAAGACACACGUGUGGGUGUGGGUGUGUGCGCUUGUGCGUGCUGCAAAAGUGUAGCAGCUGUUUGUGUAAUUAUCCGUAGUUACUACAUUCACAGGAGGUGAUGCUGUUCCUAUCAUUAGACAGACUCAUGUUUGAUGCAACCACAUUUUGAUUUACAUAAUUCAUACUGUAAAGUGACAUAAGUGAGGAGACUUAACAGUUUAUGUUUGAUGUUUGCUCACACUGCUUAAAAAUCCAUUUCACAGCACAGAAACCGAAAGAAAAACAGAACUGUGUUUGAAGGGAUAUUUUGACAUUUUGGGGAGUAGGCUGAUUUACUCACUUGCCAAGAGUUAAUUCAGAGUAUUGUCGCUGCUGUCAUUUCUGUAUGCUUAAUAUGAAGGCACAGCCAGAAUGAAAAUGUAGCUGAGCUUGACAAAAACCCACCUACCAUGCUCGCUAAUUAGCAUGUUAUAUCUUGUUUCUGUAAUCCUUGGAAAUACAGCUGCAGUUUAGAACUGAAAAGUUGUGUUUUUACAGCAGCAAAAGAGAUAAGUGGGAAUUUUUAAUCAGUGAUUUUCCAACAUCCAGUCAAAUGAUAAAACAAGUAACAAUCACUCCUGCAUUAGGGGCACUGUGGAGAGUUUUCCCACUGGUUCUGAAUUGUCUCACUUUUAUAGUGAGGCCUCCUUAUAUUAUGCUAAUAUCUCCAGUCUGAAUUUUUUUGUUUGGGUCAAAUUUUCACCAUAAAGCAGCACUCAGCCGAAGUGUCUACGUUUGAAACUCUACUAUUAAAUUUGAAGUGAGGGGUAUGUUAGCGAGCAGGAGGUGCUUCUUGUCUUUUAGGUAAUUUUCCUCUUUACAUCAUGUUUUAUACUCUUGGCUGAGACUGGAACAAGAUAAGCAAAAAAAGAUGUACGAUUUCCGGUGAAGAAUUGUUUUUAGCAGAGAAACUUUAUAACCAGAGCGUUCUGAGAAUGAAAGAACAAAAUGUCUUUGAACAGGAUUUAGUGUGUCUGCCGCUGUGUGAGUGCUUCACUCCUCUUUUAGGUAUAAAUAGUUUAAUUGUGAGCAUAUUGACAUAUCUGGGAGUUUAUUAGCACACUGAAGCAAAUAUCACGACAGUUCACAUGAAACUGGUAUACCUGGUUACAAUUUUUUAGUUUAUUAACUUAAAUAAAUUAGGGUUCACAUCACCGUUAAAAAUGAAUGUAAAAAAUCAAUGCAUCACCUCAUCACUCUGCAAAAUGAGAAGUCUUAUAAAAAAAUAAAGAUCUGUAGUCUAUUUGUUCGCUUCCAAGAGCCGCAUCUGUGUGACAGUGGGUGAUUCUGUUCAUAGGAUCCGCAGUCUUCUUCCCAGAAAAACAGAACCAAUUUCAUCUGGAGAAUCAAUACAGCAUGAAUUCUCCUCAGAGCGCCUGUAAAAGUGACCUGUACUCUUACACACACAAACAAAAAUUCAAUUUCUUUGAAUGUCUAACAAGCACCGUCUACAUAUAUCUACUUCUGCAAAGGCAAUUCUCAACCUUUGCACGUUCUGAGGUAACCGUUUACCUUCCUUCCUUGGAAGACACACAUUGCUGUUUCUUGACACAUUACUGCCACCUGUAGAUUGCUGGAACAGUGUGAAACAAGGUGCAUGUGAGUUCCUGUGAAAAACCACGAGAAAAACACCUUCCACGCUCAAAGGAAGCUGUCGCAUUAAGCUCUGGAAAGCCAGGACUUAUCCUGGUACCUUUGAGUCAAAAAUUCACUCUACAUCAAAGCAUAAUGCACAAAGCUGCUACUGAAGUUAAUUUCUGCUUAUUUCCAACGUAGUUUUUACACGCAGCCGUUCUGUUUUACCGUAACUUGUUAAGCCUUAAAGUGCCUCUUUAAGUCCACAUCAUUAAAGCAGUUUGAGAAGACAAUAAAACAUUAUCUUAACAAUCAUGCCACACAACAGUUUUCAAUGAUUUGCUCCUGUUUUUGUUUGUUGCUCUCCAAUUGAUUUAUUUUGGUUAGUUGGCUGUUGCUGCUGGGAAACUGUCUGAACCCCAUUGCAGCAUCUUUAAUCUUCUUUUGCUUUUAGAGCCAUGAAAGAGUACACUUUCAGAAGGAAUCAAAAGAUUCACUCAAAGAAUUAUGAGCGCCUUUUUAGCGCCCUAACAAACUAUGUGAGAGCUUUAAAAAAUUCUAUUUCUUCAUAGUUUGCAAGUCGAACUCGCAAGUUGGGUCUAUGGUUUAAAUUUGAAUUAUGAAAUACCGUGGGGCUUUUUUUCAUAUUGGACUUUCAGAUAGUUCCACAGUGCGCCUGUGUGCUGUACUUCUCAUUUUGAUGACAAGAUCAUAAAUAGAAAUAGCUCUGCAAAGCCUAAAAGAGGCGUUUUACGGUUCCAAAUCCCAUUCUCCCCCCUUAUCAUCGUAUUUCAUACCUCAGUGGCUCCUGUAUUAAAACAUAAUGUCUUUUGCAUUUCACAUUGCUUUAUUAUUCUUUUUUUUUUUUUCACGGAACAAAGGUAGACUCAGUUGCCAUGGUGAUUUCAAUUAACUUCAAGUGUUAGAAAAGCAAUCCUUGAAAGGAAUUGGAAAGAUGUUUUAAUUUAUUACGUUAAUUGUUUUAUUUUUCUGGAAAUGUGUAAAAAAUAAAAUAAAGUUUGAAAAGAUCGCACCCAUCUUUUUGUUUUUUUGGAAAGAAUGUACUAAUCAGAGGUCAGUGAGAAAGUUGGAAAAGUCAGUAAACAUUGGCUGUACUUCAUCAUUUAAAUGUUUGCUCAUAAUCAGUGGUUUAAUCAUUCUGCUAACCCUCUCUUCCUGUGCCGUGUGUCAUUUCUCUCCCAGCUGGAGGAGCUUCAGUGGCCAGAUGGGGAGCAGAAGGUGCCUUUCUCUGUGUGCAGCCUGCCCUGCGAAACUGGCGAGAGGAAGAAGAGGGUAAAGGGCAUGCCGUGCUGCUGGCACUGCGAGCUCUGUGAUGGCUACCAGUACCAGUAUGAUGAGACUUCCUGCAGACUGUGUGCCUACAACAUGAGGCCCGACCCCAAUAGAACCGCCUGCCAACCCAUCCCCAUCGUCAAGCUCGAGUGGCACUCUCCUUGGGCAAUCAUCCCCGUCUUCCUGGCCAUGCUUGGCAUCAUCGCCACCAUCUUCGUCAUGGCGACUUUCGUACGCUACAAUGACACACCCAUCGUGCGGGCAUCGGGUCGAGAGCUGAGCUACGUGCUGCUCACUGGCAUCUUCUUGUGUUACAUCAUCACCUUCCUCAUGAUUGCCAAGCCUGACGUAGCUGUGUGUGCCUUCAGGCGGAUCUUCCUGGGCCUGGGCAUGUGCAUCAGUUACGCAGCGCUGCUUACAAAAACCAACCGAAUCUACCGGAUCUUUGAGCAAGGCAAACAGACAGUCACGGCCCCGCGCUUUAUCAGCCCCACCUCGCAAAUCGCCAUUACUUCCAGUCUGAUCUGUGUGCAGCUGCUGGGUGUUCUGGUGUGGUUCGCCGUGGACCCUCCAAACACCAUCGUUGACUAUGAUGAGCAGAAAACCAUCGACCCCGAUUUGGCCCGCGGCGUCUUGAAGUGCGACAUCACAGACCUGCAGAUAAUCUGCUCAUUAGGCUACAGCAUCCUCUUGAUGGUGACCUGCACCAUCUACGCCAUCAAGACCAGGGAUGUACCAGAAGACUUCAACGAGGCCAAACCCAUCGGCUUCACUAUGUACACCACUUGCAUAGUCUGGCUGGCCUUCAUCCCGAUUUUCUUUGGCACGGCCCAGUCGGCAGAGAAGGUGAGUCAUUUCUCUCUUUUGCUCUGUCUCAGUCUUUGUCGCCACCCCUUCCUUUGUCUGCCUCUCUCCCUCCUCUCAUCAAUGUUCCUUUCAUACCUCCAGCCCUGUUUUUAUCUUGUCCAAACACACGCACGCAUGCUUAUUAGCGCUAACACAAAUGAAAACACAAAAGUAGCACACACUCUGUAACACGAAUAUUUAGCAACUUUAUAAGUCAUGGGUUUAUUGUCUUUUGAUUUUAUUUUCACAUGGGUUUGGAAACCCACACUCGACCACUGCAGACAGAAAUAGGCACCUGCAGCGCCAGAACCCUGAAAUGCCCGAGACGUGGCAGGAUGGGGGUGCUGGCAGCUCCAGACGCCAUUAUCUUUGCUCUCAUGCUGAGGGCUCAACAUGUACCAUCAUGCCUUGUUCUGGAGAGGGAGACAAGCAGGUUGAGGAAGUGGAGGAAUUAGGAGGAGGAGGAGGAGGAGGAGGAGGAGGAAGGCAGGGAGAAAUAGGGGGUAAAUAGAAGUUUGAUUCAACACAUUCCAUCUCUUGACAGUGGCGCUCUACUCGACAAAGCGUUUGACAUUGGCCGCAACUAGAGUUGAUUGAGAAUCUGACAUUUUGACCUGAUGCGCUCGUCAUUGCUUAUCUGGCUGGAACCAAGCAGAAUACAGAUGCAUUCAUCUGCCGCACUCAUGAGCUGCUGCGUGCUGCCUGGCGGGCCGUGUGUACGAGCCAGAGCGUGGGGGAAGUUUUCUGCUGACAGAAUAUCGAUGCUGACAGGAAAGUGUUACUCCUAACCUUUUGAGAGGCACACCGUUCAAUAUCCUCCCUCCUCAGCUAGCGCAUGAGAUGGAUCAGAAACUGAUUUUCCUCAUCUCAAUUUGCUGCUGAUUUCAUAGAUGAAUUACACCCUCAGCAGCGAUUAGGAGUUCAUUAUGCUACUCGCGGCGACUGGCAAGGCAGUAAUGUGUUUAUCUUUCCCCUCUAUGCAGUUAACUCUUUCUUCACACUCGCUCCUGACUCCCUCACCUUCAGUUCACACCACCACCUCCUGGCCCGGUAAUGGCCUUGGUUGGUGCGUUUCUUCUUACUCCCUAGUGCUGCUGGGUGAGAAGUGGCUUUGCAUGUCUUGAUAACAUCCUCUGCAAAGUGUAGUUGGGGUGAAAUAAAGUCGUCUGUCCCAUUAUUUAAGCUAACUUAAAAGCUCAAUGUGCGACGUGUUUCUACUAGAGCUUUAUUUACUGGCAUGCCUUUUCUACAAAAUUUAAAAUAACGUCAUGGGAUGAUCGCUGAGAAUUAAUUUGUAGUAUAGAUGUUUCUAGACAACUUAUUUACAGGUUAGUUCUAUGUAAAUUUAAGUUCUGACAAGCCAAAUAAUCUGAAGGUGAAAAACACUCCUAAAGCAAUUCAUCGUUUUUUCAAAGAGUGAAAUCGACAGGUGUUUCGAUUGCAGCUGAAACAUGUUUAUCUGUUACUAGUUAUUUAUUUACGUUACUUUCCAGUUAUCUAUUAACAAGAACAUGAGGUUUAGAAACUGAGCAGCUAAAUCUUUACUGCUGAGUAUAAAGCUCUUCUUCUUCUUCUUUCUUCUUCUUCUUCUUCUUCUUCAUCUGAUUCUGAAAAGGUGUCUGGACUCCCAUCACUGGUAGUAUUUGGGCCUAGAAAGAGGAAGGACUCAAACCCUGCUCUUUAAGGUUGUUGAUAACUUGAGAAAGAUCACAUGUCUCUGUAGGUUUAAAGUAAUUCAUAGAUGUCAAUGGAUACAGUGUAUUUGAAUUACCGUAUUUUUCGCACUAUAGGGCGCACUUAAAAUCCUUUUGGCUUGUCAGAGCACUGCAGCUACCGUAGCCUUGCAGAGUUAUUGAAUAAGUUAAUUAAAGUUUGACUUAUCUGAAUGUUUUGUUUGGCUUAAUGCGCUUUAUAAUCCGGUGCGCCUUAUGUAUGAAAACAGACGCAAAUAGAAGCAUUCAUCGAUGGUGUGCCUUAAAAUACGGUAAGUCCUUUACUGGACUUGAAUGGUGGGGACUCUUUCUGUUGCAGCAGAGGUAAAGGUGGAUUGUUAGACUGCUAAUAUUUACUUCUUAAUUUGUUGUCAGGUUUUUAAAGCACUAACUAAAUGUCCGUUUAUCCACCAUGGAAAACCGCACCAUCCCCUCAUCCAUACAGUGUAUAACAGCACCUGUAAGGCGUUUAUUUCUGUCACUUAAGCAUAUAUUUGGCAACUCUUCAUAAGCCUCAACAACUCCAAGCUGUUGGCUUGCACCAGUAUAAGCUGCACCACACCUCUGUGCUGGUGGGGGUUGCAUAAAUCAUUUUAAAUAAUUUUCUUUUGGAUGUCCAUAAAAUUCAACAGACGACUGAUUGCCAAAUACUGGCCCCGGUAAUCAACUAAGGCCAAUAAUCUGUCUACUUCUAAUUCAGGCGAUGUGUGUGUGAUUAUCACCGUUAGAGCAGCUAAUGAAAGAGCCCUUGCAGACGCUUUGGUUCAUUAUUUAUCAAGAAUUAGCUCAUGAGUAAGUCUUGACAUCAAAAUCAAAAGGGACCAUUUCACUUUUCAGCAGGUGUUGUAACUAUGACAACCACGGCUAAAAGAUGGCUGUUAACAGGGUCACUGAAUUACUGAGCUGAACACUAAUCUGGGCACCAUAGUUGUAGGGAGCUCUGCUUAUUCCCCGAUGCUCCCCCACCGUGGGCCCACUUCAUUAAAAAAAGAGAUUAAUAAUUCAUUUAACCUGCUAGUAAUUCUGCCACCAUCUCAAAAGGGUGAUGAUCUUAAAUAAACACACACAUUCCCAGUGUGUAAAUGGUCUGACUUUUUUUUUGUGGUAACCGAAAGGGACAAAAACACUUCAUCAGAUUGUCUUCAGGCCACUUAUUUUUAAAACUCCAGCAAGAUUCACCUCCCACUGAAAUCCCCAAAACAAACUCAGACUACCAGAGGUGCUGCGACUGCAGUACAGACUAUAAAGGAUGACUCUGAAUUAGAGUGUGUCCGCGUAAGACUCUUCCCUAUUGCAGAGAGUCGACUGUAUGGCGCUGAAAGAUCACACUACCACAUGUGGACGUGCUCAGGAGUAGAUUUGUAGGUGAAUGAGGAGGCUGUGUGAUCCAUUGUGGUGCAUUUGACUGCAUCUUCACUUUUAAGUACUUUGCCCUCUUGUGUUUUUAAGUGCAAAUUCGACCCCACACCCACGCAGAUAUGAAUAGUCUCUCUUAACCCGGGUUGUCCAAUAUUGGAUAAUGUGUGAAAACACAGAAGUGAUAUGAUUGCAGCUGCUCGUGAUAAUCCAUAAAAAUACUGACUACUGUUUGAUCCUAUUUGUAUUUUGGUUGUAGUAUGUUAAGGCAGAGGUUGUAACUGUGCUAAAAAGACCAUUCUCUGACUUACUGUUAUUCAGAUGUUCUUAUUUUCCACACCUGUGACUCCCUUUCCCUUCCAUUCAAACUUCGAUGGAAAGAUGUCAUGCGAAAUCGGAAACAAAAGAUCACAGAGCACCCCCUCCUCCUGCCUCCCGCGCACCUGCAUGUGCUCAGUCAACUACUCAACACUCUCGGGUUAAUUACUUUGAGAGUCACUGACAUCCACAUCCAGCUGUCAUCAGGCCUUGAGAUCAAGUGACUUCUAAAACAAACUACUUGUCUGCGAGGCACUGCUCAACACACAUUUUUUAACAAUCUGACAGCAUAAAAAUGUGCAAAAUAGUGAAAACAAUGGCCCAAAAGCCGAUUUUCAGGACUACGAAUGUUAUUUUUUGAAAAAUGAAACUAGCAAGAUGAUUUAAUGGAUGCUGUCACCGAACACAAAAACUCUUUUAUUCAUCGACCGCAAAACGCAACUUUUUCACAGUUAUGAAGCAGAUGGUGAUUCAGUGAAACAUUUCCUGCAAAACACAGAAACUUUCUGAUAAAGCAGAGACAGGAUUCGGUCAUGCGAGGAUAAAUUUGUGCCAUUUAUACUUAAAAUUCCUGCCUGCAUGUCUGCUAACCACUUAAACCUCCGUCAGGUGUCUCUUGAACCCACGAGCCUUCGUAGAGAGAGACCCUGCUGCCAGCUAUCAUUAGCAACGACAAACUGGCCGCAGCCAAAACACUCCCGUUCCAGCUUUUAGCUAGAUAAAAUAAUCCUCCCACCCUCCUGCACUUGACACGAGUCUGACCUGACACUUAAUGUGGAGAUGUGGUGUCUUUUGAAAAAUUUAAGAUGAAGUUUGUCCCCGGUUUUUACAUCGGGGACACCGCUGUCCUAGCACGUCACAUACGUCACAUGCUCAGAGGUUGUGCCUCAUGUGGGUGUCCUGGGUUUGAAUCAAGCCUGAGGCCUUCUUCCAACAUCUUCCUUCUCUCCCUUACCAUUUCCUGCUUUAUCCACUGAUCUGUCCUCUCCAAAUGAAGGCAAACAGCCCGAAAAUGAGUCUUUUUGAAAAAGGUUAAAAGCAGUUCUCAAGUAGAAAAUUGUGGGUUUUGUUUUCAAUUGAUAUGUCAUGACCUGGACCUGCAAACAGAGGAGUUUGGUUAUCAAAUCAGAGCCGUGAUAGCUACAGUUUGGUGAGGGUCAGAAAACUUAAUGUAGACCUCAAAGAUUUAAGUUGCUAAGUUCACUCCAAGAAUAGAGGGAAAUCUUGUACCUUAUAUCCUCUUUAUGGAUAAAGAGGCAGGGAAAUAUACACAUACAUGGCCUGAGGUCCUCAUAACAGCAGCUACAACUCAAAUUUCCUGCCACGACAAUGUGCUGCAUGUCUUUUCCUGCUCUGUGCUCCCCGUCUCACUUCAGUUUUUCUUAAGAGCACCCUUAAAAAAAGAAAAUACUCUAACAGCUUGAACAUAAGUCUCGAUUAUUGCUGCUUCAACACAAUUUGGGGUAACAUAAAUAACCUUAUAUUGGAUCUAAGACUAAAUUGAGACAUCUUCAAUAACAAUCAAGCCAACUAGCAGGACAUAAUCAAGUCAAAACACAACUUUUAUUGCUUUUUCACUCGAAUAUCGUCCAGCAUCUUUUUUAAAUGACCUUGUUUACGAGGAUAAUGUGGUCAAAGUUAGAUUUUCUUACUCCUUACAAAGUUUGUUUGAUGGAAUCAUCCCUGUAGUUUUCCUCUUUGUACAAGUGAACCACAGUGGAGACAGUCGUUUCAGCAGAAGCAGGGUUUGAUCUUUGCACCAGAUAGAUAUAAAAGAAGGAAAAGAUUGCUGCUUUUUGUCAAUGACCGUUCUUUAUAGAAGCAUUUUUAGUGUCGUCAGGACAUCUCUCCUCUCAUUCUUCGCAUGCCAUCCCUGAUGAAUUUUGGAAGGUGUUUUAUAAUAAGUUUUUGCUUUGGAUGAAAAUACCCUCUAGUUUUGGUAACACCUUGGUAUUUUUGCCCUUUAUAAUUUCAGUCAUGUUAGUCCACAACUCAAAACAUCUAGUCAAAAACAUUUGAGUCUUUUUUAUGUCAAAAUGUUUCUCUUAUUAUUCAUCCAGUGAAUCAGAAGUUGGUUUCAAGGUUAUACCAAGUGUCAAUAUUUCGCCCCUAACUUUUCUGUGCAAUAGCUGAAAUGAUUUUCAUCGGAUAAUCCAGCCUGAGGAAAAAUGCAUUACACACUGGUCAAAGUGCUAAUAUGUUGAAAUGUUCUUUACUCCACGUACAGAAGCAAAACAUUUCUUCUUUGGCCUCUUGAGAUGUUUAUUUUACUUCAAAUCAAAGUGUUUUGAGCACAAAUACAGUUUGCAAAGGCUGUACGGACUACCUGUGGUGCGAGCACAACUGCAUUGACAUCCUUGAUGAAUGACUUAUCCAAACUGAAACCUCUCACUAAUUGUGCUCUCUAAGAUAUUCCCAAACUCAGAUAAAUCAAGGCUGUGACAUGGAGCUGUUUAACAGCAGCUAAAUGUCAAAUGUCAAAUAGUGAACUGCUGCUGCCCUGUGGGACAAAGCUGUGGCAUUGUCACUCACAUGCAUCUAAAAAAAACGUCAAUAAGAUGAGAAAGAUGCAUGGAGGCAAUGAGAAUCUAUACCUGCAGACAAGUGACAAAAUUAACAUGCGCCCCUCAGAUGAUUUAUCUUGUUACAGGAAUGCAUUACUUACUUUGACAGAUUAGACACAGAGGUGGAAUAUAUCACAGAUUUUAGUGAUCCGACAGUCCACAACCAACAUCUGUGCCACUUCGUAACAUCAACAAAAACGAAACACUCGUGUCAGCACAAAUAUAUAUUUUAAGCACGUCAGCAUGUUGUUUUUGGCGGAGAAAAAGGUUGAUGUCAACAUGUAUCAAAUUUAUUUUCAUUGACAAGUUGGACCCCUCAUAGAGUAGGACACUUUCAAAGGAUUACCCAGAAAAUUGACCUCCCAACAACGGCAGCACAGUACUUUCUCUAAAGUUGUUCUCCGGGUUUUUUAUGGCUUCAUUCAGGGAGGAUUGGACAGUGGAUAGCGCAGGAAACCAGGAGAUAGUGUAGGGAAUGACAUGAGGGAAAAGUGGCUGCAAGCCUGGGCUGCCUGCCAGAAUACCAUAGCCUCUUCACAUGGGGCACAUGGCUCAACCACAAAGCCAAGCCUGCACCCCAGAGUGACAGAAAUUUUGAUCCAAAUGCUUAAGUUUGAGCAAAAGGUCUCCAUCCCUGCCAAGAAAUUUUGGACUAUUAGUACAGACUUAAAAGCCUUGAGACAAGAACCCUGAUCACAGCAACCAAAAUAUCAUCAUUGAAUCAGUUAUAGGCAAUGCAAUUCAACAAAUUAAUAAUCCGAAUCAUCAUGAAGGACUUCCUCUCCAGCUUGGACAUAUGUCAUAACCCCUUUAUCUUCCAAUCUAAAGCCUGGUUAUGGGGCCUCGCUGAGCCCAAAUGUAGACAAGAGUAUCCACACAGAGAGCAGUGUGUCUGAAAUGAAAUAAGACUUUGCUGCAGAAAGCCAGGAAGAGUUGUUCAUAACUCGAGCUGAAAGUAGGCCACCUAAAACAACAAGAGACAUUCAGGUGGUUGAGAGGCUCCUGAUCCAUUAAAGGCUUUCUUUCACGGGGCAGAGAGCAUCCUAGUUAUCACCGACUGAAUCAACUCCUUAUCGCUGUCUGCAUUUAUAGUACUCAACCAUCGGCAACGAAAUUGCUUUUGCAGUAAGUAUAUCCCUGGUGGGUGUAAUUAUGAGAAUUACCCUCAACAGCUUUUUUGUCUAAAUAGAAACCAUGUUGUUUGUUUAGGCUGGUUGUUGGCAUUUGGUUUGUCAAUGGGAUGUAAAAUUCAGAAGCAACUGUUUGAUUCCUGAUGAGCGCGUUAAUAAAUCAUCUCUGCGGCUAUAAAUAGAGAGUUGCCAAGCAGUUGUGAAAAUGACUUCAUGUAUUUAUUUAUGUUAAAGCAACAGGAAUUAAUUAUGAAUGUUUUGUGACAAGCUAAACAUUCGAGAAGAGGGUGAGCAGGGGGGAAGAAUUUAGGUCAAGCUCAUCGAGAGGCACAAUAAAAAAAAAAAAACCCUGUCUUAGUGAUUAGAGACAGAACGAAAAAAAGGAUUAUGUGCAUGUGGUUGUGCUCAUUUAAAGGCUCUAUGAGAGCGAACGUCUUCACAUCCGCAUGUGUUUAUGUGCGUACAUGUAUUUACCUGUGUGUGAUGGGUAUGAAUAAGCAUCUAAUGCUUAUUGGGCGUCCGCUUCUGAAUCAACUCUUCUGCACGGUCAAUAAAUCAACUCUGAUAGGGUCAGCGUUUCAGCGUCCAAGGUAGCAGAAUCUCAUUAAAAGCUUAUUCCAGCCAUGUUUAGUUGCUUGCACCAAACUCUGAAGUGUUGCUAUGGAUACCAGACAGGUUACCAACCACCAAACGUGGAAACACAGAACAGGGCUGAGAUCCUCCGCUGAUUAUCUCUCGACGCCGUGUGAACUCCUCGCGAUUCUUUGAACAGUUGCCUCGAUAUCACACGAAACCGCAAACACUUGAAAUGCCCAAGACACACGAGAGAAAAAGCAUUGUUUCCACUCUUCCACAGCUGAGAGUGACACUGAGCAGAGUGCACAGAGAGCAUUGUGAUAUUCAUAUAGUUAUUAAUGCAUGGUGCACCAGCCAGAUCCCUGACUCUGCUGCUGCUGCUGCUGCACUAAAAGGAAAGGAUGGAGAGAGAGAGAAGCCGUUUGAGCGCCUGCCUUGGCAUGUUGAUGUAAUCAGGCGUCUGGAUAAACUGCAAAGAUUGAAAGACAAGAGCAUGUCAAAAGAGCCCGUCUUGUGUGGAAGAAAUUACUUAGUCAUGCUAGUUACCAAGAAAAACUGUAUGCAAAUGGUGACAUUUCUUCCUCUUGCUGCGUCUGUGAGGAUUUCACCGCGCUGCAGAUACACUUUGCAAGCUAAUGUGUUUAUGAUUGUAUUGUCUCCACCGUCCAUAUCACCAACGGCGGACUGGAAGGCUACAUAUAAGUGACAUUUGAUGCUUUCAAGUGCAGUAGAUUAGUGGGGAGGCUCUGGUGAUCUGCUCUUGAAAACAGCCUCUUGCGGUGAUUCUUUCCCCGCUUCCAAGAGCCUUAAAUGAAACAAGAGCCUCUUCCGUGUCUGCAGAAUUACUGACUUGCACACCUCUCAGUGAAAUCACUACCUUCAAAUGUAGUCACUGUAUAAAGUGUGUUAAGCUAAAUUGCAGCGUGGUCUAGGUUAGGUAGGGCACAAUUACAAUUUGACAGUGCGAGAGGUGUUAUGUAGGCUCUGAAAAGGAAGGAGGAAUUAAAGAGAUUGUACCUGUACAGGGCUCACAUGAAUGGCAAUCUUAUGAAUGAUACCACUUAACACAGUGAGAGCCUUUCACAGCCUGCACUCCAGUUUGUGCAGAGCUGUAGGGAGACAAACGUAGAUCUGCUGUGUACUGCAGAUGCAGCAUUCUUAGCCCAUGCUUAGUCUCUUUAUUGUAUUCUGGGAGGAAUUUACAUCAAAAUGAGCCGGGGCCACAUAGGCUGUUAGUCUCAGAAGACGCAGCUCUGAGGCUUUGAAUUAGUCCGAUGAAUGCUUCACUUGUGAAAGGAGAGGAAAGGGGACUGCAACAUGUCACACAGGCAAAUCCCUCGACCGACAGUGUAGUUCAUCAGUCUCGUCAGGCGUCCGGCUGGACAGUCUGGGAGAAAGGAGGCCAUGUGAGGACAUUUUGAUAAAGUCGUGGUGAUUCCUCUGCUGUUGUCAUUAAUCGCUUGAACCGUCUUUGGCUUGACUGGGUAGCUGCAGGUCAGGCUUUAAUAAAUGCUGCUGGAUUAUGUUACAGCACGCAUGGCUGCUCCUUUCCCCACAGUUACACAUCUCAAAUACCCAGACCACCUACAUAUCUGAUGAUGCUACAUUUUCUCUGCUCAAUAAAUCAUCAGGAGGUAUUUAUUAAGUCAUUUUCUCUAACAAAUAUGUCCUCUAACUAUGCAGGUGUCUGAGUCAGGAAAUUUCAGAGACAAAUGAACUUUUCCCCCACGCUCAUAUCUGGUUUUUUGGGACGGGUUAUUAUUAGACUUUGCUUCAUCGCUGUGCGCAACAGUGUGACUGUUCAGUAAUUGGCCACAGAUGUUUAGCCAUUAUAGCUGUCUUGUCUCUCAUUUUCUUGAUAAGAGUUUAAAUGCCACUCAUGACUUAUUUGUUUGCUUCACAGAGCUGCAAAUCGAAGUUAAUACAGCAUAGAAAGAAACUGCCCAUUUCCAUUACCUCUGAUGCUAGUCCUGUCUAUAUCAGAAUAACUGUUUCACCUGCGUGUCCUUCUUUUCAGUUGUACAUUCAGACGACUACCCUGACCAUCUCCAUGAACCUCAGUGCCUCAGUUGCACUGGGCAUGCUCUACAUGCCCAAGGUGUACAUCAUUAUCUUCCACCCUGAGCUCAACGUACAGAAGAGGAAGCGUAGUUUCAAGGCCGUGGUCACCGCUGCCACAAUGUCAUCGCGUCUGUCCCAGAAGCCCAAUGAGAGGCCCAACGGAGAGGCCAAAACUGAGCUGUGUGAGAACCCCGCUGCUGACCCCAUGAGUAAGUAACCCCCCAAAAACCCUCAGAGCCACACAAGCAUACACCAUCAACCAGUCUGAUUUAACUUAAGCUGAUAAAACACUCGGGUUACUCAUGUAAGUAAAAGUUCCAUGAGUUUCAUAUGAAGUGUUUUUACACAAUAGAAAACUGGGGGACAUCAAUUGUAUUUAUGUUGAAUUCAUAGAGUUUAUAUGGCGAUCAGGGCGCCACGCAGGAAAGAGAGUUUCAAAUUGUGUAUCCUCAUGAGCUGCUGAUAAAGAGAUAUCUUUCCAUUUUUCUGAUAUCUUUCUUCCAUUCCCUUUUUCUGCACUAGACAGUCCCACCGCACUAGUGUUAUAUAUGGACAGUAUGUAUAAUAACCUAAAGAAUGGGCCCGGUUAUCUCCCUCUUUGAUAAACGGUUAGACCUUUAGCCCAAGUGCACAGCAGCAAGCUCGAAAGGAGAUGGGGGACUUGCUCUGUGGAGAGAUUUGAAGAAGCAGGGCUUUGUCGCCGGGAACGGAAGGAGAUAAUCUGUCUCUGUAGCUGUGAGUUACUCAUACCACCCCUUCAUCUGAAACAGUGAGCGUGAUCCUGUUAGCAAAGAUAAUACGGAGUAUUAGCUGGUGGCUGGGGAAGCCUACAUUCUUCCCUGGUUAGGUGUUAUAGUGUUUGUUUUGAAUGGGAAAAAACAACACUUUAAAAGCCUGUUUUAAAUGAAACAGCACAUCUUCAUUCGAGAAUAAUGUUGCCAUGGAAGCAUUUUGCUCUUCUCUUGUUGUCAGAAUGAAGACAGGGAUGACUGACAGCUCAUGCAAAUCACAUAUCACAGGCUGCAAAGGUCCUCUCUCCCGCACAGCUUCUAAUCACAUAGAGCGAUCAUGGCACCCACAGGUGCACCAGCCCCUCCACCCCACUUUGAAUUACACCGAUGCGAUGACAGAUUUUUCCUGGGAAUUUCUCCAAACAGCCAACAGUUGUCACAUUUAUCUGUCAUGAGCCAAAUAUGCUCGAGUAUGUGUGUACGCGUACAACCAUUAGGGUGCAUCUGUGCGUGCCGUUUUUCAAUGUGUGCCUGUAUGUGUGACUGAAUGUGUGAGUUACGCACAGAGAAGUCAGAGAGCUGAUGUAAGAGUGUCAGGGGACAGCGAAUAUAUCUCUGCCAGUUACACAUGUGGCUCAAUGAGCAAAUAUUCUGCAUGCAGGGUGAAACCUCAACAUCUGUCGCAGCGGUGCAUCAAAAGUCCCCGAGCAGGGCGCACCGUCUCUGGAAGGCCCUCCCAAAAGUGCCCCUUGUCAUCUGCUCUGCGUGUCUCUUACCUUCUGUCUCCCCUACACGAACGCCCUCUCGUCUCGUCCCGUCCUGCGCACUCACCUCCCCCCCCCAUGCCCCUCUUUUUUUAGCAGCAGGAGAAGUGACAUUUAUUAAUGGCGAAUUUAUGUGCAUGACCGCCCUGAAAACCUGAACUGUGCCUCAGCCAUCCCAGGAGAAUGUCUGUCAAUUCCUGUAACCAUCAGAGCGCCAAAUCCCUCACUUUCAGGGCCCAUCAGCCCAGUGUGAGAUGGCUCCAAGUGAUUUAUAAGAUCAAGAGCAUUAGCACUUCUGCAGUUUUACAUUGGUAUUGAUACGGUGUAAUGUCUUCAUGAUUACACCUCUAAGAGACAGAGGGAUUUUCCCUGCAAACCGGAGACGCUGAAAAGCUCCACCGGCCUGAGCUGUUUGUUUUUUCCCCGAUACAGAUCAACCAAACAGGCGUGUGCUGCGUGAGCAAGCGUUCUGUGGGAAGACAAGAGAAGUGGAUGAAAACGAAAGGACAAGAAAAGCUAUGGGAUUAGAUGAAUAAUCAGCUAUUGGCAUUAAAAAUUCAAAUGAUAGCGCAGGUAGAGGUCUAAAUGGCAGACAAGUAAACACACACACUCUCAGCGGUUUGCUCUAAAAAGACAGCUCUUCCUUAAGACUGUUUAUGGUUCACAGUGUGAAUCUGUGGUACAUUUACUAAUGUUUUAUUCAUCAUACUCGCUGGCCAAGACUACAAAAUGCAGCUGUAAAGAAAUGGUGCGACUUUAAUUGCAUAGCCCAUGGGACUCGGUUGCCGUAGCAACAUUCAACCACUAGAAUGAGAAUUUAUAGCAAAGUCUGAGAUUAAGAAAAUGUACAUCAGCCUGCUCCUUUUACCGCACAGAGGACACACAUCCGUGUAUAAAAUAUGGAGAAAACAUAUGUCCUGUCGUAAUUGGCCCACUUAAAAGUAAACCUGAUCCAAAGGCGCAUAUUUACUCGAGACUUCAGUCCAAAAUUGAAAAAAAAACUCAACACAAAAGUCACAAUCUGCCAGGAUGGCCCUAGUGUACGUAAAAACAUGUGGUCUCUCUCACUCCAAACUCAAAUUAGUUCCUGUAACCGUAUAUACACUGAAGGACACACACACAUACACAUUAACACGCAUACAACAGAGAGCACCUAGGCACUCAGCCACAUUCUGAUAUGUUUCCAUGGCAAUCCAGACUGGGAUCACAUUGCAUGCCCCAGCAUUUGUUCGGUGCUCACUUGUGUGGUGUUGUGUUUUUUAUCACUAGUUAACAUCUGAAAAUAGAAAGUAUGGCUUUACACCGGGGCAUUGUGAGUUGAAAUGAUACACCAGACCAGAAAAUAUUGCUGCAGAUUGCACACAGCUGGUGAUGAGAAUGCACAGCAUGGUAGGAAGAGUUCACACAAAAUCAAACGGAUGAUGUUUAUUUGUCUCAUCGAGAUGUUUUAUUCUUUUGUAGAUUUUAGUCACUCUCGCAUUAAUUUUCUGUUUUGUUUUUACUCUGUUCUCAGGUCAGGCAACCAAGAAGACAUAUGUGAGUUACAACAACCUCAGGAUCUGAUCUGCUUGACAAAAACGGAUAAUGUUUGUCUUUUUAAUCGAUGAUUGAAAAGGGAAAGGGAGCUGUAAAAGGAACAGAGAGAGAGAAAGAUGCAAAGAUGGGAGAGCGAGCGCAGGCAUCCCAGCACCACCUGCAGUACCUAUGCACUCCAGGGCUGUGGAUGGCAUCCAACCUCCAUCCAAGACAUGAUCCAUGAGUCCUGGCAGAGACUAGCACAGCUGUAGGCCAGUGUGGCUGGUUUGGGCCUCACAGACCAAACAGUAGGUUUUAAACAUGUGUUGUGGCCCCUUUUUCUCUCUGACGGAGAACAAUUUGCCUGCUAAAAGGGGUCACCGUGAAUGAGGACAACCACAAAAAAGACGGAGAGUGGAUUCUGCUUUCAAGAUAUUUUCUUUUGAAAUGUCAUUAAAGCCAUAUUCUCUUGGGGUUCCCAUUAUCUGAUUUCUGUUUUUGUAUUGUUUCGGAGUGAUUUUUCUUCUGUGCCUCUUUUUCUUGCAGUUGAUUUGAUUACCUUGAACAGCGAGCUCUGCCACAUACAGUAUUUUGUUUUACUGAAAUCAACUGAAAUCAGUCCAAGAUGAUUAUUCUGUAGGGAGUGAUGGGCAUUGUAAGUAUAUUUUUUUUGUAAAUAUUUGAGAGUAUUUUCAUGUUUGGAGUACAAAAUCUAGAUAUCCAGUCUUUGUUCAAAAUUGGAUUUUGGAUGGUAAUGAAAAAGCACCACAAAGUGUUCACUUUGCAUGUGCCGAUGUAUGUCUGUUCUAUUUGAUGUAAACAAAAAAAGAGAAAUAAAUCCUGAAAAUGAUAUGAGCUUCUGCAUCUUUCUGACGUUUGAUUUUUUCUUUUGAGCAAAACUGAAUUGAAUUAAAUGACGGAAUAUGGCUUUAAUCUGUUGUUGAUUUAUCCCCCCCAACCCCCCUCUCUCUGUAUCUGCAAGCAUGUUUGUUUUAUAGAGUUUCGUACAUGGGUAUGUUAUGCCUCAUUACGGUGUGGGAAGCAUUAAUAUCCGAGCAAUCAUGCAAGUAUGUUGUGAUGUCUGUCAAAUAAUGAAGAUGUAAUAAAAUCAUUUUGUUAUCUUUUAUACAACUAAA